GGCAACAAUGCUCACUUGUCAUAUGAAAGCCUCUCCUCAGUUUUCUGUUCCACAUGAGCAAUGAUCAGCUGUCAAUAUAAAGAAUACAUGAGAGGCCUAAGAGAUGAUCUAGUCCUCGCAUGUGGAAAUCCAUCAUCAAUGCAAAGAGAAGUAGGUAUUGGUGCUGCGAUCCACAGUUCCCUACCCCCAUAAUGGCUGAGCUUGAAGAAAUGUGCCUUCUGCAUGGUUUGUGACAGCAAACCAGGAUCUAAAAGUGAUUUUCAGAUCCUGGCCGAUUUUCUCUAACUAGAGUUUAAACAAACCGUAGUUCCCCAAGUUCAGUUGUCACAGGGAACUGUAAUUAGCUUAGUUUAAAAAUUGGGCGCAAAAACAUUCUAUCUCUUCUGAAGUGGAAAAGAGGAAGGGAACAGGGAGCAGACAGUCUCAAGGCCAACUGUGGCUUGUGCAUCUUUAUGAACUUGGUCUAUAAGUAAAAGGUUUAGAGGCUUUUUAAAAGAAAAAGCUGAAAAUGCAGGGAAGGCUUCCCCCUGUAAUGAUAGCCUUAGAGAUCUUGGGAAGCUGGUAGCCAGUGCUCUUCUCUUAGUCAUGAAAAGAGUGCAGAUUAUUUGACUGUAUUAGGCCAGCCUUGUAUUUGUUUCUGAUGGAUUUUACCCAGUUUUCCAGUUGCGAAUUUCUAAGCAGGAAAAGAUAAGUCUCUCAAAUGCUAGGAUUGUGAGCUGAUGUUGUUAAUGUCCUUGUUUUAAAAUUGUGAAUUUUGAUGAAAGAAGUGGUAAUUGCAAAUCAUGGGUUCUUCAGAAUGCUCUUAGUUUUUUAUAAAACAUUUCUCAUAUUCUCUUUUUCUUGUAUGGGUAAGCAAAUUCAAAGGUCACUAGCAGGUAUAUUUUUCUAUAGUAGUAAUUUUGAACAUAUUUACAUGGAAUGUAAGUCCCAUUAAAUUUGUCAGUGGGACUUUCUGCUGUGUAAACAUGCAAAGGAUUGGCGUUAAGAAUGGUAAUAGAGCUUAGGUUCUAGAAAAAGAAACUAAUUCAUAAAAUCAAGUAUACCUGCAGUUGCUCCAGAUUUUGAUUCAGAGUGGUUUUCCUUCUUUCUCAAUACACAGAAUGGAAAAGAAAAGAAUUAUUUUAGAAAGCAUUUUAAGUCACCACUACCAUCCAAACAUUGUCGUAAUUUGUACUUCACACUUUGAUUGGUUGAAAAUGUAAGACUGUUCUUCCUUUGUGACAUCACAACAUUGAUAUCAUAGGGCAAACGGGCAUCAGCUCAGGCUAUGUGAACUGGGUCAAACAUGUAUUAGGUUUGUCUUAAUCACCUUAAAUUUCAUGGUGUAUGCCCCAGGAGUAAAUAUGUUUCUUGCAUGAUUAAACUGUUAGCCAAACUCCAAAGGACAGGGUGAAGUCAUGAUCCAGGUUCAUUGUUCAGAUGGAGGAGUUGUUAUGCUUUCAGGUAAGUCAGCAAUAAAGGUGUCUUGCCCCCAUUUCAGAGCAUUGGAUUAUUGGUUGGCAGUGGAUGAUUGGAGUCUAAUAAAAGGAGAGGUAUCUGUUAUGGGGAAAGGUGAACAGCAGCAGAAUUUAUGGGGGGGGGGGGAAUUAUACAGGCAUUUUGUACUGAACAUUCUCUGCCGGAUAUUUUUUGACUGAAACUCUUUCCUUAGUCUUCUGCUUUGAUACUCUCCGCUACAAAUUAUCAUCUGUCCUUAGGUAGGAUGUUAUUUAAGUGAGGGUCACAUAUCAAAGGAAAAGUGCAGUCAUGUUGGCAAUAAACUUGAGUUCAAACCAUUGGAACUGUAGGCAAACAAGUCUUGCCACAUUUGCCUAGGCCAAUGAGAAUCAACCAUAGGUGCCUCAACUAAAAUUUGAAAUCGUUUAACAAAUGGAAGACUCAAAGAUGCCUUUUGCCCAACAGCUGCCUUAGCAAGCAUUUCAUAAACUACACUACCUGCUACUGUUAUUAACAAUGUGUGUACAGCUCAGUUAUCAGCGGAUGAUCAAAAUAGCAGAGCACAUUCAAGCUCUAUGCAUGUUUUAUAAAUACCAGGAAGUAAACUUGGGGACGGGGAGGGGGGGAGUGCAGAUUAUCUUGCUUGCUCCUCCCUCUUCAUCAUCAUUUUAGUGACCUUGUGGAAUGAUUUUUCAUUAUACAAGCAUAUAUUGCACACACUGGAUUUCAAACUACCAACUGUGGAUUCUGAACUGGGCCCUUGGUCCGGUCCAGGGUUAUGAUUCAUCAUGAUCAAAUAAUGUGAGUCUAUUUUAAAAUCUGAGUAGCGGGGUUUCCCUGCUCAUCCCAUGUUCACAAAAGGGCAGAGAAAGAUACUAUGAUAUUAUGGUUGUUGAUUGCCUGAAAAAGAUUCCAAAAUUAUCCAGAACUCACGUUACCUUGGAAAGCUUUCUACAUCCUUGCCUAAGACAGAGAAAACCAGAUAACCUUUUUUUAUUUGCUAGUUUGAAUUUGUUUUUUUAAUUAGCAUUAGCUAUUGCUAAUAAUGAAUUCAUUUGUGUCUUAAUAUUGCAUGGCAAUUCAAACUGAAUAUGUUAAGGGUGAGUUUGAAAUUACCAUUAAGGGUCUUUUUCUUUCUGUGUACCUAAUAGCUGCUGGUGGUGAAACAAACCAAGGUCCUGGGGUGUUUAAGCAAGCAAAGGAAAAACUUUCAGUGAGUAGACUUGUUUUCUUUUUUAUUCAUGUUUUCACAUUCAUUUUUGUAUUCCAGAUGGUUUUAUGGUCAUAUCUGAAAGACAGGUGAAAAUCUUUUAGGAACCAUUUGCCAGUUUUAAGACAGUUGAUUUUCAGAAUUACUCAUAUAUUAUUAAAACUUCCUAAUUGGUACACACUAUAGAAUGGAGAUUGGCAACAUAUUAAGCUACUAAACUAUGUAUUUAAUUUUCGAUUCACUUAAUAUGGUACAACCACAAUAACCUCAAUUGCACUAUUCUUUACCAAUUGACUUCCAUCUACCAGUGCGGAGGAGACCAAUUUACUUUCCCCCUAAAUGGAAGUACUUGCAUUUAAAUCUGAUUUAAAGGGCAACCUGAACUACGGUAUGUCUGCUUAAAAGUAAGCCACAUUGAAUUCAAUUGGACUUACUCCCAGGUAAGUGGGCUAGCACUGCAUUCCCAGUUUCAGUUACUUUGACCCAGAAAUCAGUUUGCCAGGGUCAUUAUAUGAGAGCAAUCCCAUACCAGCUUUACACUGAGCUGAAGAUACACCACCACGUUCACUGCUCAACCUGGGAGGAAAGUGGGAAAACACAUAAGUAGAAAAUUCAGAAGCAGCAGGAAACACUGAUGAAGGACAAGAUCCCAUGUCCCACUCAAACACAGAGGGAUCCUUUAAUUCACUAAGAUGGGGGACAUUCCCUGCAUCACCAUACACACAUCCCACAGAUCAAUGUCACAGCACUCCAUUUCCUUCAGCCCCAGCAGCAGAGUCAGCAACAGCCCCAUCACUGUGUGUCCCCGGGUAUCCGUACAGACGGGUUCAAACUUCUCAUGGGCUCAAUACAUGGAAAGGGGAGGAAAGGAGAAAGCACACAGUGCAGCUACCACAUAGCUUCCUGCUCAAGGGUUCUUCAGAAAGCAUGCACAGCUCUCCUGGGAGAGUGGUGCAAGUCGCACCCAGAAGCAGCCGACAGAUCAGCCUUUCUCAGCCUGUGGGUCCCCAGAUGUUGCUGAACUCACAUCACCCCUAGCUAGCAAGGCCAGAGCUCAGGGAUGCUUUGAGUUGUAGUCCAACAACAUCUGGGGACCCACAGGUUGAGAACCGCUGCAAUAGAUCAAGAUGCACACUGAAGCAGCAACCACCUCCAGUGGCUCGCUCCAUAGGGCAUGCAUGAGACUGGGAAGCAAGAGACAGGUAUUUGAAGCCCACUAGAGGAAAGGGGAAGAUAUGUCCUCACUCAGUCUUUACAUUCAUGUAGGGGAAAUGCCAUGUUGGUGGCAGAAGAGAGGGUGCCCCCAAGACUGCAAGCACCACCGAGCAGUUCUUUUCAGCAAUCAGAAACAGCACAUGACAUUUGCCCUAGCUUCAAGUCCCAGUCAUAGACACUAGGAGCAGAGCAAUUGUCAAAGGAGCUUAUGCUUUAUAUACUGGAGAUCUCUGGUUCAGAUCCAGAGAGGUGUAUCCCCAUGUCACAUACCCUGUCAUCUGAAUUGUGGUCAUCUUAAAUGAAGGAUAUCCUGUGCUAACUUACACAAUAUCCUGUGCUCUAUCACGGUGACAUGGCUGAGGCAUGGGGACAGCCAUUUAUGCAGGGGCUGCUCAUUUUUUAAAAGCUUAUUCUUGUCCUGGUAAAAUCAAGGUCUGGGGCUGCCACGUCAGGGCUGGUGUAAAUUUACACCAUUGGGGCAUGGCUGUGUAUCAAAGGAAUGCAGGAUACAGCAUAAAUGUGCUCCCUUCAGUGUGCCAUCCAUAUUCCACCAACAGCUCUGCCCCGUUUUGGCAGUAUCAGGGGAGUUCCACUGGUGUAUCUUUCAUGGCAGCAGCGUAUUGUGCUCUCAGUUCCUACAUCCCUAAAGAACAGAAUAUUCUCAGUGCCUAGGUGAAAUAACAGAGGCAGCAUUCGAGCUUCCAAGCAUGUAAACCAGUAUACCAUGCUAACAUGCAUGCUAGAACUACUGACCUAGUUGUAUACAAGUGCAGACCUCCUGAGUCACAAGGGCAAGUGCAUGGACAACCCUGCAUGAUACACUUUCCUGUCCAUCUGUUUGUAUGGAUGGGAAUGCAGGUACCCAUUCACCAAUUGGAGCUAUUGUCACACAUCCUUGAUCCUUGGAUCAAGUCUCAUGAGUUCAGUAGAACUGCGAGUUUGCGUCCACAUCCCUUUCACAAGGUGAUUGUUUUCAGUGGAAAGAAUCGUGUGGUUGCCUAGUCACAGUGCGGUGCAUCAGCAACCUAUCCUCCUCAAAUGCCUGCGUGGCCAGGGACCAAGUGGACUUUAUCCAAGGUCUUAGUGCAGCAACCUUAACAGGCAGAGUGGCCACUUGGCUACUGGUUGCCAACCCUCAUUAUUUCCUCCCUCAUCACCUCUCCCACCACCCCAUGAAGAGGCAUUUCAGGUAGCAAAGCUUGAAAUGGGGCAGGUUUGAAGGAGAGAGAAGGAAAAAUGAAGAAAGACUCAUUCCCCUCUCUCUACUUAUACCUCUCAACUGUUUAAAAACUCUGGCCACAGCGUGAAAGGAGAGAAGGAGGAACUGUAGAUAUAUGGAAUACACUACACAUUUUUGGCUACUUUCUAAGAAACCAGCACACAUUGUGAUUCCUACCUCAUCCUGUCUACAGCCUUCCACCUCCCCUGUCCUUUUUUUCUCCCCUGUUGUAAUAGCAUGUUCAUAGGCAGCAGGGAGGAAAAGAGAAAGGAACAAUGAGAGGAAAAAUCAUGAGGGGAGAGAAAGUAGUAUUUGGCUGUGAGGGAAUCAAUGCAAAAGAGUGGAUGGGGUUUGCUUGUGGGGGGUUGAGCUGGGUGGCAGUUCAUCCAUUUAUUCAGCUGACAGCCAUAGAGUGAGAGAGAACUGUAAUUCAAAGUACACCAUUCUAACAGGGAGCUAUUUCAUUGCUGUUUUGCAAAUAGGUACUCCUGUAAAAAAAGGACAUCAUAGCUUCUUUCGCUAGUGUGCCGUACAGACAGUUGUCGCCCCACCCCCUUCACAUGUUUAUCUCUCUGCACAAUGAAAAUCAACUGGAAAAUGGGAUGUAGGCUGCUGAUUAACAAGUACCUAUAUAUGUUGUUUUAAAGUUUCUGAACUCCAUUAAGAAUCAAUAUUGUUAAAUGCUUAGAGCCAGAGCCAGAUUUGUGAUAAAUUGAUGACUCAAUGGAGCAAUGUUAAUGAAAGUUCUCGCUUGUGUCAUUUUGCUGAAUUGUUAAAAGAAAAUAUACACUUUGCACAUUGUCCAAAAAUAGAGGUGUUAGCUAACAUUAGUCACACUCAGAAUGUAUCCAUUGAAAUCAACUGACUUAAGUUUAUUGAUUUUAAUGGGUUUACUCUGAGCAUGAGUUACUUGGAUAUCACCUGUAGUUGUCACCCCUUCUAUUUUGAGGUGCGCGAGUAUCUCAGUAGUAAUAUAUAUAUAUAAUUCCCCUGAGUCCCCAAAGUUUUAUUUAAAAAACCUGAUAUUUCUGGCCCAUUUUUAGCAUAAACUUUUAUUUUGUCUGAGGAAAAAUCUUGGGGAACAACCACUGCAAAAAGAUUUCCCUUUUUCUAAGUACAUUCUCAAAUAAAUGAGGGGUGUCUUUAUAUAUAUAUAUAUAUAUAUAUAUAUAUAUAUAUAUAUAUAUAUACACACACACUAAACAAAACAAAUGGUGCGUUCAGAUUGCCAAAAGCUGAACUCCUCCACCCUUUCAUCUUAUGCUGCCACUGCAGGCAUUUUUCUCCUGGCCUGACAUGAGGUGAGCUGGACUGGAGAGGAAGGUGGCCUAAAUCAGCCACCUAAGAUGACAGAAGUGACAACAUUCAGACCGUCCUACAUGCUCCUUUAGUUAGAAAAAUUAGGCCCACCUCACCAUCUCUCCCUUGCGUGUAAAUAGGAUAGACCUGUGAAUAAAGAAACAUGGCUGCUCUGCCCCCUUUAAAGGUUUGGUCCUGUGUGUGUGUGUGUGUGUGUGUGUGUGUGUGUGUGUUUAACUAAACUUUGGACACCUUAUUUAAAGGUCACAACUUUCUAGAACAUAUUAAAUUAUGCUCAUGUUCAGUCAUGUUGAAACAAAUUGUUUGGCUUUUGUACCACAGAGACUGCCAAGGUACCAAUUAACAAUGCAUAAUUAACAUAUAAUUAAUGUACAGAAUUGCUGCCAAAAGUUGUGGUGCCUUACAUGGCUCUAAAGGGGGACAAAGUCUCUUUGCCUUAAAUUGCUCCGAAAGGGGAUCAAGUCGUGGAGGGCAGGCCCCAUCCUUCACUCUUAGCUGUGAAGGCUUAACAAAGCCUCUUCUUCCUAAUAAUAAUAAUAAUAAUUUAUUAUUUGUACCCCGCCCAUCUGGCUGGGUUUCCCCAGCCACUCUGGGCGGCUUCCACAAAGACCAAAAAUACACUAAGAUGUCACACAUUAAAAACUUCCCCGAACAGGUCAGAAAACAUCAUAAGGCUUUCUAUAGAAUCAUAGAGUUGGAAGGUUCAACUAGUCCAACCCAUUGCAAUGCAGGAAUCUCAGCUAAAACAUCCCUGACAGAUGACCAUCCAACCUCUGCUUAAAAACCUCCAAGGAAGGAGAGUCCACAACCUUCUGAGGGAGUCCGUUCCACUGUCAAACAGUUAUUGCCUUCAGAAGGUUCUUCCUUAUGUUUAGUUGGAAUCUCCUUUCUUGUAACUUAAAUCCAUUGGUUUGAGUCUUACCCUCCAGAGCAGGAGAAAACAAGCUGGCUCCAUCUUUUUAAAAAUUAGUAUGAUUUAAAAAUUCAAAAAAUGUAUUGAUUAUUUAAUAUUUCAAAAGCUACCUGCAAAAUUUCAUAUUGGGAUCUCAAUGGGAUCAGAUUUUUAAAAAAUUUACAUACAUGACUGCAUAGACAUCUCUUCUUCUGUGGAUGGCUGGGUGGAAAUGAGCCGGACCUGCGUUCUGCAUUUGCAGCAAUGAGGAAAUGAGCUGUACCUGCAUUUUUCAUUUGCAAAAACACAGCAUGUUUAAAGUGGUGUCUAUAUAUAGAUAUAGAUACAUAAAACUGAAAUGGGAUUCUACUUGAUGACUCUGGUGGUGGAUAACAGUUUUGCUGGUGUUGUAUCUUUAAGACUUUGUCUUUAGUGUUUGUCAUUUCAUCUGUAGAUGUGUAUACAUUUUCAGUUUUUGCAUUUACAUUCCCAAAUUCUGUCAUCGUCAUUGUCCAAUAUCUUCAGAUUUCUACCAACAGAAGUGUUCUGUCAUUGACAUAAAGAAAAUAAUACCUAGUAGGAAUUUUGACGGGAAAAUCGAAAAGUUUUAAAAAAUUAAUCAGCAUUUCAUCCGCGGCAAGGGAGUUCUUUCAAAUUUUAUCAGCUUUUAUUUAGUAGGCCUAAAGCAUAAUUGAGUUAAACUAGAAAAUAUGAAAUUUAAUCCAUUUUGGCACUAAAAAGAAGAAACACUUCAUUUAUUUACACUUUUACAUAUUAAAAAUCAGUGUCCACUCCCAAAGUGGUUUGUAUGUUAGGUUGUCACUUCUUGUCCAUAUUUAAAAAACAAACACACACACACAUGUAUUUCUGAUGCAGCUUCUAGCAAUUUGGGCAUCCUGAAGAUAACAAUAACUUGAAACUAAAUGUUACAAUCAUUAGUAAUAAAGUUUUUUAUCAGCCUGGGCCUGGAGGAAGACUGUGGCCCAGUAGGUGGAGCAUUUGCUUUGAAUGCCCAACUUCAGCCUUUGGUACAGACUCUUCUUACAUACCCUCCAACAUUCCUCAGAUGAAAAUAGGGACAGUUCUCACUCUCCCCCAAGUGACCCUCCUUGACUCCCCAUAUCAAGACUCCUUGCACUCUGCUCUGCUUCCUUUUUCUUCCUGCCCUGGGCAGCCCUGCCCUCUGCCUGCCCCCCCAGAGCCGGCAUGUCACCUGAGGCUGGGCCUUGGCGGCUGCAGCCUCUUCUCCUCCUCACCUGCUUUUCAGGAGGGGCCACGGGAUGCUUCCUCUCUGCCACCACCAUCACCAUUGCUCAGAUUAAGCGCUGGCUCAUGCUCUAGCAGGGAAAAUAGGGACAUUCUGAGAUCAAAUCAGAAGCUUGGGUGGCUUUUGUAAUUCCAGGACUGUCCCUGGAAAAUCAGGACACUUGGAGAUCUCUCAGAUAGCGGAGCUGAGAUAAUCCCAUCCUAAGCCAUGGAAAGCCACUGCCCGGCAAAGUGGACAGCCUUAGAUGAACCAGUGGCCUGACCAUAUCUUAUGCUUAUGAACAACAGUAAAAGAUCAUGUUUGAAAUCUGAAAAAUAUUCCCAAUCUCUUUAUUCACAUUACUUUUUUAAAAAAGCAAUAAAACAGCCUCAUUUAUACAUGUGUACCUUAGGAUAUGCACACAUGGUGAUUUUUUAAAAAGAAGUUUUGUUUUGCAGUUUGUUUUCCAUAUUGCAUGCAUUUUCUGUUUACACCAUUGUCCAUGUUCACGUUGUGUUCCUUCUGUUUGUUUUCUCAUGACUAGACUUCUUCUUUGUCAAAGAUUCCUGCCUCAAAGGUUAGAGCAAAGUCAUUGCUUCCUCCAAGACCCAGCUCAGCUUGCUCAUUAAGUUCUACUAAAAAAGCUUUGCUUGAUGCAGACAAUUAUUUUGCCAGGCCCUCUUCCGCAGGCCCAAGAGACUGCUUGCCAUAUUCAAAAACAGAUGCUCAGGUAAGGCAGCAGAGUAAAUGUAGUCAGUGAUAGCAAAGAAAGGGCCAGAGGUGGAUUCUGAUCUGUUUGCUUACACUCUCUUCCCCUUGCCCUUCUCCUGAACACAAAUAGUUCACACUGACAAAAGAGCUGUAGAGCAGGAGUGAACAAACUUCCCCCUGUUGAAUUCAAGAAAAAACACUGUCAGAUAUUGCCUUUCUUAUUACAGGACCCAUAAUUAGCUCCUAUCCUGAACUGGAAUGCUUCCCUUCCCAGGGUUUGAUUAAAACCCUAGGAAUCCAUCCAUUAUAAAUCCAAUUUAGGCUGGAGAAACAUUAUACUUUUCAGUGCUGGAGGUAGUGUGUUCAGUUAUUAUUGCCUCGGGUAAGCAAGUUUUGCAAACUUUAAAACAUUUUAAAACAUUUUUUCUCAAAAACAUGCAAGCACCAUUUGAUUAAGGGCAACUGUUGCCAAAGAAAUGCAUGCACGCAAAAAGGCAGUGAUGUGUCUGUCAUACCACUUUAACCACUCUUAAAAACUGUUAGUUGGUUCAAACCAAAGUUCACAAACCUAAUAAGCUUUUUGCCAUAAGACUACAAUAGGAUGAGGCCUAAAUAUUACAGGUGGGGGUGUCCUUUUGACUUUUCGCUGCAGACUUGAGACUGAUACUAGUGUAGUCAUAGCCAAACUAAAAUCAGCUAUGCUCCCCUACCCCAGCCUGCCAAAUUACUUAGUUUUCCCUGUAUCAUCUCACUUUGGUAUGCUGUAAGCAAAGUUAAAUCCAUGUUAGAUCCCCUCUGGAGGUAAUAAUCUCACCUCUAGGUGCAUGGGGGCUGAAAAUUAAUCUGUCUAGGCUUGAUCUGAUCUUCCUUACCUUGACAUAGUUUGAAGCUCUUGCUGGGGAGAAACUGCUGGAAAAUUAAAUGUCAUCACAACAACUGCAUUUUACCCGUUUUUUAAAAAAUUAAAAGUAAAAAAACCCAAUUUCUAUUGUUUCUCCUAGGACGGUGUAACCAAGAGUCCAGAAAAGCGUUCCUCUUUACCAAGACCUUCCUCUAUUCUACCCACCCGGAGGGGCCUGUCAGGAGACAGAGAACGAGAUGAAAAUUCUUUCUCCCUGAACAGCACCAUCUCUUCAUCAAUGCGACGGACCACCAGUAGGUUUCUGUACCCUCUAACUCCCCCUCCACAUUUUCUUUAGCCUGCAGGUGCACUUUGUGUAAAUCUCUUGAGGUCUCUGUGCAUAUCAAAAUGAUACAGUAUAAUACACCCUUUUAUACUAUUUACAAAUUACAACAGAAAAAAUGUAUGCUGGUCGCCAGAGUUUUGUACAUACAAUUUACACACUCUCAUAUCCCCCUCUACUCUUACCCCGAAGCUCUUGCUCAGCAUCCUGGUUUCCCUAACACACAACAUUUCUCCUGAACGUUCUCUCCACUCAUUUACACCAACACCCCAGAAUGCCCCUUAGCUUAAUACUGAACCACCUAUAACCUAUCCACCAUCCCAUCCCUUCCAUCAUGUCAGGGACUGGCAAGACGCUGGCGAGUGUGCACCGGGAAAACGGGGGCUGGAGUCUGACUUGGGAUUGGAAGGCAGUGGCUUGUGAGGACCUGUACCAGUCAGAAGGCAAGAAUCAGAGGCAGGGGAUGCUUCAGCACUGGAGGGUAGAGCACAGGAUGGGUUGGGAGAAGAGGAGGAAGAGGCAGGUCAGGCAAGUGAAGGACCGGUGCUUCACCCUCUCCUGCACCACUGUGUCCCAGAACCAGAAGCAGAUUGAAAGGGGGUGAGCAGAGGAAGUUUCCACGCAGGCGUAGUCUCCAUCUGCAUGUGUGCAUUCCGUCAGGGAAAGCUACAUAAACUGUUGGAGGGGGGGAGACCCCUGUUGCUGCAACUGCUCCAUAGUGUAUGGACCUGGAAAUAGAUGCUAGAUUGGUUUUCUGUAUUGCUGUGAGAAUAAAGUGAGUUAUUACUAAAUAAAGUGAUUAUUUAGUAGUGAAGAGUGGGGAAACAUCCUUUAUUUUCAACCAAGUUUUAGUCAGAGUAGACCCAUAGAAAUGAAUGGCUAUGACUAACAAAUUAAUUUCAGUGACUCUACUCUGAGAAGAAGUUAGGUUCUUAUUUAUAUUCCUUUGAGGAUAUUAAGUUAACCUUGUAAGGAGUUUAAGAUCUACUUAGGCCACAUUCUUGUUGAAUUCGCAAGAAUAGAGAGAUAGAGAGGUAGAUAGUCUUUAAAAAUAUAUUAAUAUAUUAUUUAGUUAUUUCAUAAAAUUUAUACACCACUUAAUUGUAAAAAACCUCAAAGCGGUUUACAAAAAAAGAUAAAACCAUAAAAUCAAGAAAAAAAUAUAACCACACUUUAAAACAUAGAAGUGUUAAAAUACUAAAAUACUAAAACAGGUUAAAAUCACCUCAACUAUGGGCUUAUCCACACAACCUCUGCUUUAUGCAGGGGAAAUCUGAAGGUUUCCGCCCCAGAUUGUUGUUUAUGUAUCACUAAAGAGCAGGUUUUCCCUGGGGAAGGAGCGGGACAAGGAGAAAACCACUUGGAUAAGUAGAAGCAUGGGUGAGCCCUUUCUAAUAACCUGGGUGGGCUUGUCUGUGCAAUAAUGUUUUGAAUAGGUCUCAAAAUAGUACAGUGAAGGCGUCUGCUUGAUCUCAAUAGGCAGGGAGUUCCAAAUUGCAGGUGCUGCUGCACUAAAUGAUCGAGGUCUUACAGGUGCUGAACAAGUACUAUGUGGCACCUGUAGUCGUGCAAAUUCCAUUGAUCAAAGUGGUUGAGUAGGCACAUGUGAGGUAAGGUGAUCUCAAACUUAAUCCAUUCCGGAAGUCCGUUCCAAAACCAAAGCACUCCAAAACCAAGGCAAGCUUUCCCAUAGAAAAUAAUGCAAAAUGGAUUAAUCUGUUUUAAAAACAACCCCUAAAACAGCAAUUUUACAUGAAUUUUACUAUCUAACAAGACCAUUAAUCCAUAAAAUGAAAGCAGUAAACAAUGUACUGCAGUCACAUAACACUGGGCAACGAUUUUUUACUUUUUGAAUGUUGUCUAGAUUUCUACAACUGCUUUAGGGUAUUUUUGCACUGCUGAAUCAGGAAAUGGCAUCCAUUUCUCUCCAUCAGGUCAGGUUUUCUGUAAACUGAAUGGUGGGCAUUGAUAAAGGUAAGUACGCGUAAAUUGCAUGUUGCUUCACCAUUUUUCAAACUUCAGGGCUUGAACUUGAGUUUCUUGGAACUCCUGGAAUGCUCAGCAGCACGGAGGUCUCUCUUCAGAGUCCAACAGUAGUCAGCCAUCAUGACCCAGCGACCCUGAUACCUGGUCUCCAUCUCUUUCAUGUCCUGAUGGAAUCUCUCCCCCUGCUCGUCACUCAUUGAACCCAGGUUCUCAGGAAACCGGUCCAUAUGUGAAAAUAGGUAGUGCAUCUUGACGCUCAUGUUGCAGCCCAGGUUUCUGAAAGCAGUCAGCAUGUUGUUGACAAGUUCUGUGUAGUUUCUGGCCUUAUUGUUGCCAAGAAAGUUCUUCACUACCAGAACAAAGGCCUUCCACGCUUCCAGUUCCACUUCGUUCAUUGAGUUUCCGAACUCUGGAUCUCUGAUGAGCUGACGGAUCUGAGGACCGUCAAAGAUGCCAGCUUUCAACUUCUCCAUGGUCAAUCCUGGAAAAGCAUGGCACAAGUAAAUGAAGCAGUCACCAUCCUUGUCCAGAGCCUUGGUGAACUGCUUGAUUAAGCCGAGCUUGAUGUGCAGCGGUGGGAAGAGUAUUCUGUCUCUGUCCACCAGAGGGUAGUUGAUGACGUUCCUUUCUUUGCAAGGCACCAAUUCCUCCCGCACAGGCCAGUCCUUCUUCGUGUAAUGCUGAGCACGGUCCCUACUAUCCCACAUGCACAGAAAAGAUGGGUACUUGGUGAAGCCAGACUGUUGUCCCAACAAAAAGUUCACCAUCUUCAGGUCAACACAAAUAAACCACUUAUGCUGAUCAUAACCAAUUUUCUCCAGCACAUACUUCACCACUUCAUAGUUCUCCUUCAGUGUACUCGAGUGAGCCAGGGGUAUAGAGGCAAACUGGUUGCCGUUGUGUAGCAGAACACAUUUCAGUGAUCGCUUGCUGCUGUCAAUGAACAGUCUCCAAUCUUUGGGUUUGUACUGUGGCACUCCAAGCUUGAGCAGAAGCUGCGCAAUAUCUGCAAAGUACACCAAGUCCUUCUCUUCCGAGAAAAAACGGAGGUACUCUUGAUGCCUGUUGCGCAAGAAGCUGAUGCGAGCACUGUCAGAGAGGAGGUUUAUUCCCUUCAAUCUGGAUGCCAACAGUUCGGCAAAGUCCUUUGACAAGCUGAGGUUGCGAACUAGAUCAUUCAACUCCUUUUGGGAAAAUGGAUGUGGAGCAUCAUCUUCAAGAACCACUUCUUCUUCUUCAUGUCCUUCAACACUGGAGGCAUCGUCGUCACUAAUGUCAGGAAGUUCUCCGAAGAUAGGCACUGGAAUUUCAUCACAAUGAGCUACAGGACGACGUGCUGAUUGAAGAUCAGGAUACUUCGUGGGGCCGCUGCCCCAUUAACUUAGUUUUGAUCCUCCAACUUUAUGCUUUGCUGGACCAAUUUAUGGAAGAUUUCGAGGUUUUAUGACUUCAAACUGAUCCCUUUUUGACGUAAUCACCCAGAACUAUCGGACCUGAAUACUUCUUGUCAUUAAAAUAAACAUUUCCAAUCAAAACAAUUAUUUGACAAGGCAUUUUACCCCCACCAACUUCUUCUAAAAUGCUCCACACAAGCGUACAUGUGAACAAAAACGUAAAAAAGACAUGUGGCCAUAGCUCAAAAACUUGACCUGAUUGAGCAAAACCAAUGUGAUUUUUGGAUUCAGCACAUCAGAUUCAUCCUAAAUCAGCUGAAAAAACGCAGACAACAAAUUUGUUGUUGACCAGUGUAAUCAAUCAGCAGCUGAACUGGGUUCCAUACAAUCACAAAAACAAAACAAAAAAGAGCCGCAAAAACAAAAACACAGAAAAUAGCGAAAACAGACAGAUCUCAGCUUAACACUCAAAACGGAAGUGUGGCACUCAAAACGGAAUUGUAACAGUCAAAGAGAGCACGUUCAGCUUCCGAGAAAAGUUUGCAAACCUGAAGACUUACUUCCAGGUUUGCGGUCUUUCGGUUCCAAGUUGCUUUAGUACCAAGGCGUUUGAGAACCAAGGUACCACUGUAUCUGUAUGAUAUUAAAUAAUAAUACAAAAAAUGAGGGAAUUCAGUAGAAUUUACCGGCCAGAAUAUACAAAUACAACUAAAUCACUAAAACAGUAUCAGUACAAAUGACACAAACAUUCAAAACCCAUAGAUGAAAUGAAGGGAGGCAGGCAGGCAGGCAGGUAAAGCAAGCUAGGAAAAAUGGGCAAGCAGGGGUGAUGCAGUCCCACACAGGAUGGUACCAUAUGUCUGCAAAAUGUUCAGGUCAGCAGUAAUACGUGUACUCUUUUAUAAUAGAUUUCUCCGUAAGCCUGUGAUCUACGAACCAUGCAAUAAUUAUUUUAGUAUCUCUAACCUUGUUAGUUUUAAAUUACCUUCUUUGAACAUUAACUGAUUUGAAUAUCAUAGUGCUCUCAUUUAGCAAGUUAUUGCUCAUUCUCACGUUUCUUUAUGGUCUUCAGAAACACGGCAGAGUGAAUAAUCUGCAAGGUGCCCUCAUGAAAUAUAAGAUAGAUGUCCUCUGCUCCAUGAAAAUAUCAGCAACAUGGUUUAAUUUUUCCCCAAUACAGGAUCAGAGCCUAUUCGAAGCCGGACAGGAAAGAGUGGCACAUCAACCCCAACUACACCGGGUUCCACCGCCAUAACUCCUGGGACACCACCUAGCUAUUCCUCCCGUACCCCGGGCACUCCUGGGACCCCCAGCUACCCCAGAACCCCCCAUACACCAGGUACUCCCAAAUCUGGUAUUCUGGUGUCCACUGAGAAGAAAGUUGCCAUCAUACGCACACCUCCAAAAUCUCCAGCUACCCCGAAGCAACUACGGCUCAUUAACCAGCCUCUCCCUGAUCUCAAGAAUGUCAGGUCCAAAAUUGGGUCAACAGAGAACAUCAGAUAUCAGCCUAAAGGGGGACAGGUAAGGCUUCUGUUCCAAUAACAGCCAAUGUUUCAGGCAUUAUCACUGGAAGCAGAAUGCAGGGUCUCAUAGAGAGGAGUAAAGGCCUGGAGUGGAGAAGGUAGAUACAAAUGUGGAUCUCUUCCUUCAAAUCUCCUUACCAAGAGGGAUGGAAACUUGUCAGUUCUGGGGUUUUAACAAAGCCAUUUUAGGUUAGGGCUUUUUUGGAGAGGGGGGUAUGUUUUUAUCAAAGGUACUACUGCUGCUUUUUGUGGACUGAACAAACAUAUUUUCAAAACAACUAUAAUUUUAUCUUUUUUAUAUCAUUGAAGUGCUUCUGAAUGAAAAAAUGCCUGUUAUAUAUAUUUGUUACAUGCCAUCAGAAUAUUUUUGUAUUAAGGCAAGGGCCAGAUAAGAGGAGCAGCUACCUGGUGUAUUUACAAAACAGAGCCUUAGAAAGCCCAGGCAAGGAAAGCAAAUAAAUGUUCAAUAAUAUAAUAUUAUUUUAAUUAAAUGUGGAUAGGUCAGUUCCUUCAAAUACUACAGUUGUAAAGUGCACCCCAAUAAUUCAGACUCCAAUCCUAAACAUACUUACUUAUUAGUGAGUAAGGUCCACUGCAAACUGUGGGAACUCUCAAGUAAAAAUGAUUAGGAUUGCUCAAUAGGUAAAUUGCAUUCUUUAUUAGAUCAAACUUUUAUGUUUUAGUAUUUUGUGUUUUGCAUUGAAGGAAAGGUGACAGAAUGGGCAGGAUUAGCCAGGAUCCAUUCCAGAUCACUGUGCUUCUCCAUGAAACUUGCAUGUGGUUCUAUAUGGUAGCAAUAUCUGUUUAUCUAUUUGUAAAAUGUGUCAUGAUCCCUGCAUCUGGCCCCUCAUACUACACUGUGUAAGGUACAAAAAAGGGAAUGGAGGUACAAUCUGACCCUUCCCAGAGUGAGGCUAUAAUCCUCCAAGUCUGAGGAAAGUGGGAAAGCUGAGUCCUGAGUAGUAUCCACGUCUGCUCCGCAGCGUACAAAUCAGUGACUACAAGAUCGACAAAGGCCUUUUAAGUCAGCAUAGGCACUUCCACAAGGAAGCAGAGCCAACUUGGCUCUUGCUAGCCUACAUGAGGCCACAGCUCUCUACAGAUGUAGCAUGAUCAAUAGCUCAGGCUCCUGACAGCUUUGGGUAGACUUUGCCUGGACUUGCCUGCUUCAAAGGGGUUCUGCUUGUUACUACCACUGUGUGAGCCUCAUGGAACAGGAAUAGUGGGAUGUUCAUGUGUGGGGAUUCUAAACACCUAAAUGUGGAGGGCUGGAAAGUAGAUUCUUCCAAUAAUAGAGACCUUGUAUUCUUGUAGAAAAAGUGGCAGGAGGGUGGAACAAGCCUCCAAAAUUGCCCUGGGUGUGGGAUGUCUAUCCUUCCCUCAUACUGCCAAGAAACAACCCCAGCAACGAAGGAGCGUGCAUAGUGCUUGAAUGUGCAGGGGAAGGCCAAAGAGAAAUGUGUGAGGAUAUGAUGAUUCUGAGAGAGUUUUCCCUAUGUCUAAAAGCUCUGGCAUCAUGACAACUGGCUCCCCCAAGUAUUCUCACCAAUUAAGCAUUAAAGAGCAGGUUUUACAGGGGAAAGUGGUGCAGCAAAGGCAAAACCACUCAGCCCCAUGCUUUCUAGGCCUGGGACAAAUAGAAAGUAGACAUGCCCUAAGUCUCCUCUCACCAUUAGCAGGGUGCCUAUGACACCAUAGCCUAGUUCUCACUGAGGUCCUCUAUACAUGGUUGAGUACAGAGUGCAUCAUCCACGUUGGCAUUGAGUAACUACAGGUUAGAGGGGAAGCCUUCAAAGCCACACCAUUUUAUUUCCGGGAAGACUUGAACCUCUGUCAUCUCUUUUCUAGAAAGUAAGUCCAACCCAGAAGGAUGUAGUAGCAAUAACCUCAGUUUUACUUCUCCUAUAUCAUUUCUGGCUGGGGCUCUUGUAGCUGUUGGAAUGAACUGCUUUCUACAGUCUGCUUUAUGCAAGUCAGUUUAUGGAAACAAAUAGAAGGCAGCUGGAGUUUCAUAACCUGAGCUUAAAUUGCCAUGCUGAGUGUAAUAACUCCAGGAGGAGGAAGGAGCGGAAAACCCUGAACAUAAGCAAGUAUGACAGGAAAAUUACUGAAAGGGUAUAGAUAUCCGGCCCUAAAGUGUCAUUUGGAGAUAGAUUUUCUCCUUUUACCGGAGGCAUCUGUUAACCUAGUAGCUGAGAGUCCAUCCUUGGCUUGCAGCUGUCCUGGGGAGCAGAGUCGCACUGUGACAGCACCAUGCUCUGGAGGUGCUUACACAGAGAGCAGCAGGAGGUGUCUGAAUGUUAAAUAAAUCAAAGUAGAAAUACAGAGUUGUAAAGGUCUCAUUAGAAACUCAUCAGCUAACAAAUCCAUUUAAAAUCAUGUCUUUACCCACCCAACCACUUCUGCCACAUUUUUUUAACAAGCGGAAGAUACCACCUGAAGAUGAGAUUUCAAACUUUAUGAUAAUGAUCCUCUCUAACAGAACUUGAUGGGAGCAUUUUUCACAUUGUGCUUUGUGACAAAACAGGCAGAUGUACUUAGGUAUAGUGGCAUAUAAAUCCGUAACAGUAGGUUGCUUUAAGUUCCCUUUAUCCCCUGGACAGGGAAUCCUGCUUACAUUGGCUGGCUGUAACUCACAUAGUGGAAAAGAGAGAGACAAUUUCUAAGCUGCCACUGUUACAUAGUAGGAAAUAUCUCCUUGCUCAGAGCCAGACUAUAUUACCAUCCAAAUCACAUGGUUUACCUCUUGCUGGAUUGUGCAUCACUUGAGAGUGUGAGUUGAGGAUUGCCUGUUUGAAUGGUCCCCAGCAUUAAAAUCCCAUGCCCUAGGACAGUUGGCAUUGCCCUCGUCACUCUGACAUCCUAGCUAUCUUCAUGCAGAUAAUGUUGUAUUCAAAAACCAAUCAGACCCUACUCCAGUAUUCUGCAGUCGUACACCUCAGCAAAAGGCGCACUAUGUGAUUCAGCUGAGCAUGACUAUUGCGACUUUGUACAUAGCAAGUAAAAUUGGACAGGAGAGACCAAAGAGAAUCUUACACUUUCCCUCGUCUCCUUGGGGAAUCGUACCUCACACGGUGGCAUUGCAGCCAAGCUUACAAUUUGUGCCUCCAUAAGUUUUUCAUUGGUAUUAUAUGGGGCUAAAAGCCAAGGAGGCUGUACAUCUUGUGAUCUUAAACAGGAGAGAAUUGCCUGUUUUCCUUCUUAAGGGGUUGCUGGGUAAAAAUAUUCAAUUCUUGGCAAAAUUUUAAGGCUGCUUGCUCUUGGGCAUGUCUGAUAGGUUUCAGAAGUAGUUUAGCAUGCUAUCCGUCAGGAACAGAAAACACUGCAGGGAAGGGCAUUCAGAAGCAACCUGGCGGCAUGAAUGAUUUGCAAGAUGUCCCAAGGAAUGUAAUUGGGAAUUUUUGCAACGUGUGCCAAGCCUUAUUUUAUCUUUAUUUCCCUCCCACCCCUCCUUGUUAUGGAAAUGAAGAGAUGUGUCUCAAUGCACUACUAAUUCCAAAGAAGAAAAUGUAUCCCAUCAGUGGAAUAUGCUUAUUUUCAUUGAGAGAUCUGUGAGCUAAACAAAACCUCUAGAGAUAACAAAUCCCACUAUGGGGAUCUGUUAUGAGGAUUGCCCUUCAUAUGUUAACAGGACAGUAGCAGAAACUGUGCUGUACAAGCUUGUGUGGCGAAAAGAACACUUUCCCUAUUAUAAAAGAUAUCGCCUAUCUCUCCAUCUGGUAGUGCAAAUGACACCAGUAGUGCCUGCCAAUCUGCAAACGUUUUCAUAUUAGUACAGAGAAUUGGCUACAAGGCAGCUGACACUGCCAAAGAUGAUGCUAACAAUACCAGGUCUUCCUCAGACCCAGAUUCUCAUAUUAAUCACAGCAACAACACAUAUCCACAAGUUUUCAGAAGUGGCCAAAAAUGUGUUCAAAGGAUUGCCAAUGUGAGAAUGAACCCUGGAUUUUUAAGAAUCAAGACGUGCAGUUACUGCUGAAAACAGCAACUGUGCAUUUAGCUGCACCGUCUUCCUCUAUAACAAUGGCUUGUGGAACUUAGCUGUACCCUGACAUCACAGUGCUUUGUGUUUCCCACUCCUCAGCAGCAGCCAAUGAUGUGCAGUGGAGUUUGGGAAAGACAGAAUAUCAUGUAGGGAGAUGGUUGCUGAUGUCAUCUUAGCAUAACAUCUAGUUGGCCUUUUAGCAUGAUGUUUCCUUUGGCUUGGGAUAUGUGAGGGACUUAUUUGGUACAAGUGAUACACUCAGUUGCCAUUGAUGUCCCUCAAGCAAGAGAUUAGAAUAUAUGGAUUUGUAUCAGUCUAUGGUUCGUGUAGCCUGGCUUUGGUUCUCUAGGGUGUUCAGUUCAGUUCGAAGGCCAGGACAAAAUCCUCCAGAGUGUCAGGCAGAGGCCUUUCACAUCACCUGCUCCCUGAUCCUUUGAAUGGCAGAUGUUGAAGACUGAACAUAGAAUCUUGUAGUACCUUAACCUUUGAAGCCACCCUACUCUCCCUGAGCAACUUUCAGUUUACAGCUGGAGUGGAAUGGAAAUGGACCUGUCAUUUGAAAUGAACAAUAAUAAUACUUAGCAGUUAUUGGGCACAUAUCAGCGCCCAAAGCAUUUCACAAAGAGCCAUGGUGGUGUCGUUGUUAAUAGUGCUGGGAGACCCAAGUUCAAAGCCCUCAGGAAGCUACAAAACUCACUAGUUGACCUUGGGCCAGGCACAUUUUCACAGCCUAAUGCCAUUGAGCUUCCUGAAGACCACAUAGAAAGACCACAUAGAAAGACCACAUAGAAAGACCACAUAGAAACACGAUGAUAACAAUACACUGUCACCAAGACUUGCAAGUUCUGUCAGGGAGGUCAGUUUUAUAAUUCCCAUAUUGCAAAGCCCAAGAGGUGGCUUUGUAGUUGAGGUGAGAUGUGAACUGGGCACUUCCCAGGGGAUUACUCUUUUACCUGGUCAAACCAGACUUCAGGAAACCAAUUGAGUGUGAUUAACUAAAUCUUUUCAGAAGCUUUAGAAAUAUAGUCUAUCUGUAUAAUGACUGGGGCCUAUGCCUGGGGGUUCAUCCCAGACUUCCUUGCCUGCAUUGCUGCAGUCUUAUCUAUCUAUCUAUCUAUCUAUCUAUCUAUCUAUCUAAUGGGUUUUUUCUAUGUGCAUACUAAACUUAAAAGUUCCACUGCCUGUGUCAUGUCCUAUAUACUUCAAAGGGAAUUUGGAGUGAAGAAAGAUGGCAGAAUUGGUCCCCUAGGGACUGAAUUAUCAUUGAAAGUUAUGCACACAUAUGCAGAGGAUAAUAGCCUCUGAGGUGUACAUGAAUUUUCAUAAACCUUUCAGGAAAUUGCAUAUAAUCAGCCUCAUAACUCCAGUUGCAUAAGAUGUCAUGAGCACAGGAAGGAAGUAACCUAGUGAAAGAAGCACAGGAGGAAAAAAAAACUGUAAACACUGCAUUCCCCCCCCCCCCCAGCAUUGGUUUUAUAUAGUAGAAUGUUUUGAAGGCUUAACUGUGGAUUGGAGUAUAUGGUCUAAGAAUAAAGUGCAGGGUGGCUUGCAAUAUCAUUAAAAUGCAAGAGAUAGACCAUAGUGCACUAGUUAUUAGCAAAAGUGUAAAAAGGUUUUCUCUUCCCUAGUUCUCCAGCUGCCACUCUGCAACUGAAAACUCCAGGCCUUGAACUGGCAGUUGAAAAAUUUGGGUGUUUGUCUCUCACUGAGAAACUGCUAUAGCCCCUGACCCUCACAGAUUCUGGCUCCAGUGGCAGAUGUAGGAAGCACAGAGGUAGCAAAGGUGCUAGAACCUUCCACCCCUCCCUGCAAGUCCUCAGAUGUUCCAACCACCACUGUGCUGCUGAAUCUCUGAGCCACAGCAGAUGCCCAAAGAAAUAAUCUUGGUCCAGAAAGGUUGCUGAAGCAGCUUGAUGUUAAGCCCCUCACAGGCCAGGACUCCCCCAACCCCCAGGCGAUGGCUGCUACUGCUUCUGGCUCUAGUUGCAGGUGCAGGAGAUGCACUGGAUUCUGCUUGGCAGGGGGUUGGACUCGAUGGCCCUUGUGGUCUCUUCCAACUCUAUGAUUCUAUGAUUCUAUGCUGAGAAGUCAGCUGAGAAUUGAGAAUAGGGUGCAAAAGCUGGAAAGCUUUUAAAUAAGCUCUUUAUGAACUUUGAUACUUUAGGGUGAGUUCUUUUACGGGGCAGGUAAGAAUCAAACGCUAGGGAACUAUGCUGUAAAAAUGGAUCUCAGGCUUUGGAACAGGAUGUGAGGCAAAAUGGGGCAUCUAACGAUAAAUUUGUGGGUGUGGUGACUCCAAGGGCUGCAAUUGGCCAACAACUGGGCCUGAUGUAGGCCAAGCCCUUGGCCAGCAAGAAUUCCUGUCCAGAUGAAAAUGAGGAGAUAAAGGCCUGAAUCACGCAGGUUUCAUUCAGACUCGUAGGUCGGAGCUGAGAUGGAAAAGAACCUUUCCUGUGUGCCAUGCCAGUUGAAGAGCUUGCUGUAUUUCUAAAUCAAGGGGCACUGUAUUUCUAAAUCAGGCUUUCACAAGACCUUGCAGCAGUUUGGACUUUCUGUGCCCCUUGAAUCUGCAUUUGUGGAGCAAAUUCUUCCUCCUGACCACUGCUCAGAGGUGUUGCCGAUUCCUUGCUGCUGGCAACAGGCAGGCUGGACAGAAAUUGGGAAGAGGUUUUUGUUAUCCAUCUGACUCACACUUCUCCAGGAAUUAGAUCCAGGGUUCAUGUUUGAGGGUCAGUGCUCUCCUGUCAAGGUUUUUAAAAUAACCAAAUCACCUAAAAUAACAUACACAACUGUUCAAAAAUCUUAUGACAGUUGCCUUGGCCAUUCCAGUCAUCAGCUGUUAAGUUUGCAAGGGGUUGGAUUCAAUGACCCUCAAGGUCCCUUCCAACUCUACAGUUCUAUGAUUCUAUGAUUAAUCUCCAUCCAUAAAAGAAAGGAUAAAAAAACCUCAGAACAGACAUUUGCUAGUGACAAGACAAUAGCCACAUAUGAUAAACCACUGCAGUUACAAAUGACUACAUAUAUGAGAAGAGUACCACAGCACAGACUUUCACAUUCAACAUUUCCAUUUUAGUUUAUGGCACUUGUAUUAUUUCACAUCUGUGUUGCCUGAAAAUAUAGAUGUUGCAAUGCCACUGUUGCAUUGUUAUUAAGAAGGGCAAAUUUCUACUUCAGACUAUUGGGGAAGAAAGGCCAUGGGUCAGUGGUAAAGCAUUUGUAAUAAACUUACCUUUUAGUGGGGCAGCAUCUACACAUUGGAACUCCCUGCUUAUUUGCAUCAGGCAAGACGCCUUCACUGUACUCUCUUUGUCACUUGCUAAAAACAUUUUUGUUUACUUAAGCCUAGCCAGAUAUGUAGAAUGAUGACAUGCGUUUCAAUCUGCUUUUUGGCUUAUUCAUUAUUUUAAUAAUUCCUUUUAAACAUUGCCCAUUGGCAGAGUCCUUUGUAUGUCAACAUUAGCCUGCUUCCUUAUCUUUCAUCUUGCUCUUCGGCAUGAAGUAUAGAAGGCAGAAUGUGCUUGUUCAUGUUUCCAUGCAAUUUCAUAAGCCCCUUCGACUGCUAGGGAAACCUUAUUGUGUGUUACAAUUUUUAAAAAUACAGAAAGAAAAUGCAGUCAGUGCAUGUUAAUGUGCAAUCACACAAUUUUCAUGAAAGUUGUUUGUUUCUUCUUGGCAAUUGGGAAGGUGUUAAGUAAAAGCAAUCUGUAUCUAGCAGAUAAAAUGCUAACUUGUAAACUUGAGAAGAAGAAUAUUAUCCCAGCCAUAAAAUGUGGAAAGCAUAAUUACAAUAGAACAAUAGAAAGAAGUCAAGGAAGGAGGGAGGGAGGGAGGGAGAUGUUAUUUCCUAUUUGAAAAGCUCUCACACCAAGUCUUCCACCUGCUUCUUGUACUCAUAGAAGCUUGAAUAGUCUUUUGUUGUUUCGAUGGAGGCUGCUUUUCAAAUGGAAGUUUUGUAGACAAUCCAGUGAUACACAUGGAAUAUAAGUGGUGCUCUUCAUUGUAUACCAUAUCAAUUAUAUUGUCUGCUCCAUCAGCUUCUUUUUGGCACCUGCUAAAGGUCCUCUGACUCCCCUUCCUUUCUGGAGUAAGAGCUUAGAACAGUGGCUCUCAAAGGGUGUAGCAGGAGAGGAUGGCAAUUGUGGUGGGAAGAUUCAAGGACAAUCAAAGAAACAUAUACCGUAUUUUUUGCUCUAUAAGACUCACUUUUUUCCUCCUAAAAAGUAAGGGGAAAUGUGUGUGCGUCUUAUGGGGUGAAUGCAGGCUGCACAGCUAUCCCAGAAGCCAGAACAGCAAGAGGGAUUGCUGCUUUCACUGCGCAGAGAUCCCUCUUGCUGUUCUAGCUUCUGAGAUUUGGAAUAUUUUUUUCUUGUUUUCCUCCUCCAAAAACUAGGUGCGUCUUGUGGCCUGGUGCGUCUUAUAGAGCGAAAAAUACGGUAAAUAUUUUAGGGUAGUAUGGUAUAGGGUCCAGGGUUGUAAAGACUGCAGAGAGACUAAUUGGGUGCACUCUUCCCACCUUGGAUCAAAUCUAUGCUUCCAGGUGUCAUAAGAAAGCUGCAGAGAUAGCACAGGAUAGUGCGCACCCUGGAAAUGAUCUCUUUCAGCUUCUGCCUUUUGGAAGAAGGUACAGGGUUAUAAAGACUAGGACUAGCUGCCUGAGAAACAGUUUCUACCCAAAUGCGAUUCUGGUUUUAUUUUUUAUUUUUUAAAUAAUUUUUAUUGAAUGAUUUUAUGUUACAAAAAACAAUACAACCAUACUACCACUAAAUAUAAUUAAGAAAUAAAAAUUACAUACAUCAAUAUUUAGUUUGUUAUUUACCAUCUUAUUUCCUCCCAAAAUUCCAUACAAAAACACACAUAUGUGCAGACACCCACACACCCACACCCGCACACAAAAUGAUAAUAAUGAAAGUAAAUAUUUUUCCCCCUUUUAUCUUCCAAAAUCUUUUCUUCAACUUUGACUUCCUGUCAAGUCCCUUUAUAUAUAUUUUAUCUUACAAUCGAAUGUACACAAAACAAUAAAAAUUUCUAUAUAAAUUUUCCAAUACAAUCUGAAAACAUAAUAAAUCCUUAAUUGUUGUCCACCUCCUUUUAGUUCCUUUAUCACUUGAAUGCUAGCAUGGAGUCAAAACUAUUAUUGUAUUUUUGAACAUAUCUUCUAUAACCAUCCCAUUUUUCUGCAAAUUUUUGCUUUGAGUUUUCUCUGAGUUUACUAGUCAAUUGAGCCGUCUCCACCAAUUCCUGUAAUUUUAUUUGCCAGUCUGUUAUUUUUGGAGCCUCGUGAUCUUUCCAUCCCUUGGCAACAAGUAUACGAGCCACUGCGGUUGCAUACAAGAAUACCUCUCUUAGAUUUUUUGGGAUCUCUUUAUCUAAAAUACUUAAUAGAAAUGCCACCGUUUUUUUAGUAAAAGUUAUCCCCAUCAUCUUUUUUAAUUCAUCGUAUAUUUUGCAAUUUGUAAAGAGGAUGAAAUCAGUAUUGGGGUAGAUCUCUUUGCUACCAAGAAAGUAUUCUUUUUUAAAAAAUAUUUUUUAUUAGUAAUUUCAACAUAACAUUUUAUCAAAGAACAUAUCCUUAAAUUCCCCCCUAUUUUCCCCCUCCCCCUCCCCCAAACAUAACCCCCCUCCCCCCGACUUCCCUCAGCUCCUCUCUCUGGUUUAUCAAUAUAUGUUAUUUUCUGCAUGUUACAAAACUGUACAGAUCCUUAAUUUGUCUAUCUAAAUAUUAUCAAUAAAAAGUUUGUGAAUGUUUAUUCAAAACCUGCCAAGGAGUCCAGUUCAUUUUGUUGUUUCUGAAGGGUUCCCAUUCAUCUUUUAAAAUCACAGUUAUCCUUGUCAUAGAAUCAUAGAAUCAUAGAGUUGGAAGAGACCACAAGGGCCAUCGAAUCCAACCCCCUGCCAAGCAGGAAACACCAUCAGAGCACUCCUGACAUAUGGUUGUCAAGCCUCUGCUUAAAGACCUCCAAAGAAGGAGACUCCACCACACUCCUUGGCAGCAAAUUCCACUGUCGAACAGCUCUUACUGUCAGGACGUUCUUCCUAAUGUUUAGGUGGAAUCUUCUUUCUUGUAGUUUGGAUCCAUUGCUCCGUGUCCGCUUCUCUGGAGCAGCAGAAAACAACCUUUCUCCCUCCUCUAUGUGACAUCCUUUUAUAUAUUUGAACAUGGCUAUCAUAUCACCCCUUAACCUCCUCUUCUCCAGGCUAAACAUGCCCAGCUCCCUUAGCCGUUCCUCAUAAGGCAUCGUUUCCAGGCCUUUGACCAUUUUGGUUGCCCUCCUCUGGACACGUUCCAGUUUGUCAGUGUCCUUCUUGAACUGUGGUGCCCAGAACUGGACACAGUACUCCAGGUGAGGUCUGACCAGAGCAGAAUACAGUGGCACUAUUACUUCCCUUGAUCUAGAUGCUAUACUCCUAUUGAUGCAGCCCAGAAUUGCAUUGGCUUUUUUAGCUGCCGCGUCACACUGUUGGCUCAUGUCAAGUUUGUGGUCAACCAAGACUCCUAGAUCCUUUUCACAUGUACUGCUCUCAAGCCAGGUGUCCCCCAUCUUGUAUUUGUGCCUCUCAUUUUUUUGCCCAAGUGCAAUACUUUACAUUUCUCCCUGUUAAAAUUCAUCUUGUUUGUUUUGGCCCAGUUCUCUAAUCUGUCAAGGUCGUUUUGAAGUGUGAUCCUGUCCUCUGGGGUGUUAGCCACCCCUCCCAGUUUGGUGUCAUCUGCAAAUUUGAUCAGGAUCCCCUUGAGUCCAUCAUCCAAGUCGUUGAUAAAGAUGUUGAAUAAGACCGGGCCCAAGACAGAACCCUGUGGCACCCCACUAGUCACUCUUCUCCAGGAUGAAGAGGAACCAUUGAUGAGCACCGUUUGGGUUCGGUCGGUCAGCCAGUUACAAAUCCACUGAGUGGUAGCAUAGUCAAGACCGCAUUUUACCAGCUUGUCAUGUAGUUUGUGUGUCAGUUUUGCCAAUUCUGCGUAGUCCAUCAAUUUCUCUUGCCACGGUUCUUUAGCUGGGAUUUCCUCGUUCUUCCAUCCUUGUGCUAUUAAGACUCUUGCCGCCGUUGUCGCAUACAUAAAGAUGUUUUUCAGUUUCCUUGGCAGGUCUUUUCCUACAAAAAUCCUUCAGGUUUUUUGACAAUUUUCUUCAACUCAUUCUAUAUCAUUUCCCAAUUUUUUUAAAUUUUACUGCAGUCCCACCACAUAUGAUAAAAGGUCCCUUCUUUUUCUUUACAUUUCCAACACAUAUUUGAACUGGUUUUGUACAUUCUUCCUAGCUGCACUGGUGUUAUAUACCAUCUAUACAUCAUCUUCAUAUAAUUUUCUUUCAGCAAGGAGCAAUCUGUAAAUUUUCAGUCAGCUUUCCAUAACCUUUCUCAAUCUUCCAACAUAAUAUUAUGACCUAUAUCUUGUGCCCAUUUAAUCAUCACUGAUUUCACCUCUUUGUCUUUCGUCUCCCAUUCUAGCAGAAUACUGUAUGCACCUUUCAGCAGCUUUACUUUCCCUUCUACCACUUCCCUUUGAAAUCUGGAUAUCAUGUAACUAAAUCCUUUCUUACUGUCUUUAUAUGUUUCAUGUAAUUGUCGAUAGUGCAACCAACUCUGAAAAUGAUCUUUUAUUUCAUCAUAAUCUCUUAGUUUCCAUUUUCCAUCUUGAUCCUUUAACAAUUCAGCAUAUGUAAGCCAUUUUCCUUUCUUUCCAAGUGGUUUGACAGGGUGAGCUCCCGUUGUUCGGUCCCAGCUCCUGCCCACCUAGCAGUUCGAAAGCACCUCAAAAGUGCAAGUAGAUAAAUAGGGACCGCUCUCCGGCGGGAAGGUAAAAGGCGUUUCCGUGUGCUGCUCUGCUUCGACAGUAGCGGCUUAGUCACGCUGGCCACGUGACCCGGAAGCUGUCUGCGGACAAGCGCCAGCUCUCAGCCUCUUGAGCGAGAUGAGCACGCAACCCCAGAGUCGGUCACGACUGGACCGUAUGGUCAGGGGUCCUUUACCUUUACCUUUAACUAUAUGAUUGUAAAAACUUCUGUGUACCUUUCCUUUCCCAUACCAUAAGUAUGCAUGCCAGCCUAAUCUGUUAUCAUAUCCUUCCAAUUCUAAUGCUUCUUUUUUCCCCAACUUGAUCCAGUCCCUGAUCCAUACCAGACAUGCAGCUUUAUAGUAUAAUUUAAAGUCUGGGAGGGCAAACCCGCCUCUGUCUUUUACAUCUGUAAGUAUUUUAUAUUUUAUCCUUAGCCUUUUGCCCCCCCCCCCCCGGUAAUUUUUGAAAUCUCUUUCUCCCAUUUUUUGAAAUAAUCAUCUUUCAGGAUAACUGGAAUUGAUUGAAAAAGAAAUAGCAUUUUUGGCAACACGUUCAUUUUAAUCGCUGCUAUUUUACCUAACAAUGAGAGAUUCAUUCUGCUCCAUAUUUCUAAAUUUCUUUUUACCUCAAACCAGAUUUUUUCAUAAUUACUUUUAAAUAAAUUUAGAUUUCUUGAUGUUAACCAUAUCCCUAAAUACUUAAACUUUUUAUGGACUUCAGUCUCAAUGUUUUGCUCUAACUCAUUAUUAUUUUUUCUUCCUUCAAAUGUUUAACUAAUAAUUUAGUUUUAUUCCUAUUUAAUUUAAAUCCUGCUACUUCCCCAAAUUUCUGAAUCUUUUCUAUUACUUUAGGGAGUGAAGUUUUUGGGUCUUCAACUGUUAUCACUAAAUCAUCUACAUAUACUUUUAAUUUAAACUCACUUUUCCCAGUUUUAAUGCCUGUGAUCUCUUUAUCUGCUCUUAUAUUUCUGGCAAGUACUUCCAGUACCAGGAUGAACAACCAUGGUGAUAGUGGACAUCCUUGUCUGGUUCCUUUUUGAAUCUUACAAUCAUCCAUUAUUACCUGGUUUAUAAUUAAUUUUGCUUUUUGUUCUGAAUAGAUUGCUUAUAUUCCUUUUAGGAAUUUAGGCCCACUUUUGAUUUCGUCUAAUAUCUUUGUCAUGAAUUUCCAAGAGACGCUGUCAAAAGCUUUUUCAGCAUCUAUAAACAUUAUUGCUGCUUUCUUUUCAUUUUUAGCCUCCAGGUAUUCUAUGAUAUUCAAAAUAUUCCUUAUAUUCUCCUUCAUUUGUCUACCUGGAAGAAAUCCUGCCUGGUCUUGAUGUAUAUACUCAUUUAGUAUAUUUUUCAAUCUGUUAGCUAAUAAGUUUGCAAACAGUUUGUAAUCGUUGUUUAACAAAGAGAUAGGUCUGUAAUUUUUGAUUUGCAGCAAGUCUGCGUCUUGUUUUGGAAUUACUGUAAUAUAGGCCUCUUUCCAUGUUUCUGGAAUUUCACCUGUGUUCAGUAUCUCAUUCAUGACAUCUUUCAGUGGGUUCACUAGUUGUUCACUUAAUUUUUUAUAAUAUUUUGCCGUAAGUCCAUCCGGGCCUGGUGACUUGCCAUUUUUAGAGCCUUUUAUUGCCUCUAGCAGUUCUUGGGUAUUAAAAAUCUUCCUUUGUUCAUCCUUUAUAUGUGGCAUGUUACUACUUCUGAUAUACUCUUCUAUUUGAAUGUUUUUUCUUUCCCUUGUCUAUACAAAUCUGAAGAAUAUUUAACAAAUCCUACUCCAAUUUCCUUCAGCUUAUCUGUGAUCUUUCCAUUUAGAUUAAUUUUAUUUAUGAAGUUCCUUUGUUCAUUUUUUUUAAACUGCUAGGCUAACAAUUUUCCCGGUUUGUUUACAUGCUCAAAUAUUUUUUUUUACUCUCUUUAUUUUCCAACUAAUUUCCUCAUUAAUUAUCGUUGAGUUUUGUUGUAUAGAGUCCUCUCACCACCGCCUUACUUAGAAUCAUAGAAUCAUAGAGUUGGAAGAGACCACAAGGGCCAUCGAGUCCAACCCCCUGCCAAGCAGGAAACACCAUCAGAGCACUCCUGACAUAUGGUUGUCAAGCCUCUGCUUAAAGACCUCCAAAGGAGACUCCACCACACUCCUUGGCAGCAAAUUCCACUGUCGAACAGCUCUUACUGUCAGGAAGUUCUUCCUAAUGUUUAGGUGGAAUCUUCUUUCUUGUAGUUUGGAUCCAUUGCUCUGUGUCCGCUUCUCUGGAGCAGCAGAAAACAACCUUUCCCCGUCCUCUAUGUGACAUCCUUUUAUAUAUUUGAACAUGGCUAUCAUAUCACCCCUUAACCUCCUCUUCCCAGACUGUCUGUAAUUUUGUCUGUCCUUGAUUAUUUAUUUCAAAAUAAUCAAUCAAGGCCUUUUUUAUUUUUUCUACAAAUUUUUGAUCAUCUAGUAAAUCAUCAUAUAGUCUCCAUCUGAAAGAGAUUUGGCUUUCUUUUUGUAAUUCCAUAAUCAAAGAAUUUAGUCUGAAAAAGUUCUGGGGUUAAUUUCAAUUUUUUUUUACUCUUAUUUCCAAUUCUUUGGAAAUCCACAAAGAGUCUAUUCUCGAGCUGCUAUUGUGUACAUGGCUGUAAUAAGUGAACUCUGUAUCAAACAUGUCUCAUUCUCCAUAUAUCUAUCAAAUUUAGAUUUUGAGUCAUAUAAAAAAAAAAAGUCUAUGGUAAUUUAUCUUCCGUGGUCUCUUUUUUGCUUGGCUGAUUCUGCCUGUCUGAUCUGGAACUCCAUUUAGGUCUCCCAUUAAGAUCAUCUUUUGAUCUGCAAAUUCGUGUAGUUCUGUUUCUAGUUUUUUAAAGAAGAAUGCUUUUUUAUUGUUGGGUGCAUAAAUGCCAACCAAUACACUUUCUCUCCCUGAAUUUUAACUUGUAUUAUUAAGAUUCUGCCUUUUUCAUUCUUCUGAAUCAAUCUGGGUUCAAGUGCAGGAUUAAUGUAAAAAAAAACCUCCUCUUUUUUGGUUUUAUCUGACGAAAUGAAAUCCAUACCUAAUUUUUUUUGCUAAUUAAGACCCCCUUUUUUGCAAUAUGUGUCUCUUGGAGGCAAAUUAUGUCUAAUUUCUAUUUUGCUAUUACAUGCUCAAUCCGAUUGCAUUUGGCUUUACAGUUCAAUCCAUUCACAUUCCAGCUCAGUAUUUUAAGAUUGGCCAUUGUCAGAGUCAGUUGCAAUAUCUGUUUUUUCUGAUGUAGUGCCUUCCAAUGCUAACUGCUCCAAGGCCUCUUUUUGUUCAGCUCAAGGGUCUCCCCUGUCUUGUUUGGAAUCUAAGUCUCUCCUGUAUUUGUCAAAGAACUCUCUCACCUGAAACUCUGAUGUUAGCCUAUAUCUCCUUUUCAGGUAUGUGAAAGAAAUGCCCUCUGGAAAUUCCCAUUUGUAUCUGAUAGCUCUCCUGAGUGCUGUUGUUAAAAACCUAAAUUUGAUUCUUCUAAAUCUCAAUUUCAGUGGGAUCUCCCUAAAAAUGUCUACUUUCUGUCCGGCAACCACGAGAUUUUUUUCAAAGCUGUUCUGAAGGAUUGCAUCCUUCACUCUUUUUGUUACUAAUGUUAAUAAAACAUCUCCUGGCUGCAUCUCAACUUUCGCACGAUCUAAUUCUGAAACAGCUCUCUGAAAGUCCAUCCAACCAGUCUUUACUUUCUCCCAUCCAUUCUGAGAUUGUCUGUGUAACAAAUGUCUCCAAAUUUGGCUCUGUGUCAGAUUCUGGAAGGCCUCUAAUUCGUAAUGUCCUGUCUCUUUCCCUUUGCUGCAAGAGGAGGAUCUGGUCCUCCAAUUCAUUCUGCUUCCCUUGAACCCCUUCCACAGUUCCCAUCAACCCUUUUUGUUUCUCUCUUAAUUCUCCUACCUCCUCUUUUAACUUUUUCUAGUUUGUCUACUUUGGUUUCCAGUUUGUUGACCUUGUCUCCCAAUAUCCCAAAUUGCUCUUUCAAAACUCUUCAAAUUUUCAAUAUCCCUGUGCACUUGUUCAAUCAAUGUUUGAUUGGAUUUUUCCAUGUCACUGUGAACCUGUUUUGCAAAUUCUUGCAUUGAUUGAACCAUUUCUUUUUUUUUUUUAUAAUGAUAUUUAUUAAAGUUUCACAAAAAUACACAAAACAAAGAAAAAAGUAUAAAGUACAGCAAAAAAGUAGAAAAUAAGAAAAAACAUACAAAAUAAAACAGUUAAAAACACAAUAAUGUUCCAUAACCUAUCUUCCUUACUCUUAUUUCCCCAGACCUCCUCAUACCUCCCUUCUUUGUAUUCCAAUUCCAUUUGUUGGUUCAGCAAAUCCUUACCAUUAAUCUUUUACCCAAUUAUUAACCUUUUUUUCCCCCAUGUCUCUUAAAGCAUUACAGCUAAAAACCUCUUAGUUUCUAUCCAACAUCCUUCUAAAGUUCCUUAAUUUUGCAAUAUUUCUGUAAAUAGUCCUUAAAUUUUUUCCAGUCUUCUUUCACCGACUCUUCUCCCUGGUCUCGGAUUCUGCCGGUCAUUUCCGCCAGUUCCAUGUAGUCAAUCACCUUCAUCUGCCAUUCUUCCAAAGUGGGUAGAUCUUGUGUCUUCCAAUACUUUGCAAUAAGUAUUCUUGCUACUGUUGUAGCAUACAUGAAAAAAGUUCUGUCCUUCUUUAGCACCAGUUGGCCGACAAUGCCCAAGAGAAAGGCCUCUGGUUUCUUCAGAAAGGUAUAUUUAAAUAUCUUUUUCAGUUCAUUAUAUAUCAUUUCCCAGAAAGCCUUAAUCUUUGGGCACGUCCACCAAAGGUGAAAGAAUGUACCUUCAGUUUCUUUACAUUUCCAACAUUUAUUAUCGGGCAAAUGAUAAAUUUUUGCAAGCUUGACUGGGGUCAUGUACCACCUGUAUAUCAUUUUCAUAAUAUUCUCUCUUAAGGCAUUACAUGCCGUAAACUUCAUACCUGUGGUCCAUAACUGUUCCCAGUCAGCGAACAUGAUAUUAUGUCCAACAUCUUGUGCCCAUUUAAUCAUAGCAGAUUUCACCGUUUCAUCCUGAGUAUUCCAUUUCAACAGCAAGUUAUACAUUCUUGACAAAUUUUUAGUUUUGGGUUCUAACAAUUCUGUUUCUAAUUUUGACUUUUCCACUUGGAAGCCUAUUUUCUUAUCCAAAUUAUAUGCCUCCAUUAUCUGAUAGUAGUGGAGCCAAUCUCUCACUUUAUUUUUUAAUUUUUCAAAUCUCAAUUUAUCUCCUUCUUGCUCCAAAAUUUCCCAAUAUGUCGGCCAUUUGGCCUCCAUAUUGAGCCUUUUCAGAGCUUUUGCUUCCAUUGGUGAUAGCCACCUUGGGGUUUUAUUUUCCAAUAAGUCUUUGUAUCUUAUCCAAACAUUAAACAAUGCUUUCCUAACAAUAUGGUUUUUGAAUGCUUUGUGUGCUUUGACCUUAUCAUACCAUAAAUAUGCAUGCCAUCCAAAUACAUUGUUAAAACCUUCUAGAUCCAAAAUGUCUGUGUUUUCAAGAAGUAGCCAUUCUUUCAGCCAGCAAAAAGCUGCUGAUUCAUAAUAAAGUUUAAAGUCUGGCAGGGCAAAUCCACCUCUUUCCUUGGCAUCAGUUAAUAUCUUGAAUUUUAUUCUGGGCUUCUUGCCCUGCCAGACAAAUCUAGAAAUAUCUCUCUGCCACUUCUUGAAACAGUCCAUCUUAUCUACAAUUUGUAAUGUCUGAAACAAAAACAACAUUCUAGGCAAUACAUUCAUCUUUAUCACAGCAAUACGGCCCAGCAACGAGAGUUUCAAAUUUGACCAAAUUUCUAAAUCUUUUUCACUUCCGUCCAACAUUUUUCGUAAUUAUCUUUAAAUAAGUUCCCGUUUUUGGCUGUCAUAUUAAUCCCCAAGUAUUUCACUUUCUUUACCACAUUCAAUCCUGUCUCAUUCUGAAACCUCUCUCUUUCAAUCGGUGUUAAGUUUUUCUCUAAAACCUUAGUUUUUAACUUGUUCAAUUUAAAACCUGCCACCUGACCAAAUUCCUGAAUUAAUUCUAAAACUCUUUUAGUACUAGAUUCUGGCUCCUGUAACAUCAAUACUAGGUCAUCUGCAAAUGCUCUCAGUUUGUACUGUUUAGCUCCGACCUGUAUGCCCUUAACCAACCGGUCCUUUCUAAACAUAUUUAGCAAAACCUCCAGGACCGAUAUAAAAAGCAGUGGGGAAAUUGGGCACCCCUGUCGUGUCCCUUUUUCUAUCUUAAAUUCUUCCGUAACCACAUUAUUUACAAUUAAUUUAGCCUUUUGUUCAGAGUAUAUUGCACCUAUACCAUUUUCAAAACCUUGGCCUACCCCCAUCCCAUGCAGAUUCUUCUUCAUAAAACUCCAAGAGAUAUUAUCAAAAGCUUUCUCCGCGUCAACAAAUAUCAAUACUGCUUUGGUGUUUAUAUUCACUUCUAAUUUUUCCAAAAUAUCAAUUAUAUUCCUCAAAUUAUCAGACAGGUGUCUUCCCGGGAGAAAGCCCGCUUGGUCUUUAUGAAUCUCUUUCAUCAAUACUUUUUUCAAUCUCUUGGCCAAAAUGUCUGCAAAAAUUUUGUAAUCCACAUUAAGUAACGAUAUAGGGCGAUAGUUCUUAAGCUGAGUCUUUUCAGUCUCUGUUUUCGGUAUAAGUGUGAUAUACGCCUCUUUCCACAAUUCUGGUGCCCUUUUCCCUCCAAUAUUUCAUUGCAGACUUCCUUCAAAGGUUGCAAUAACCACUCUUUCAAAGAUCUAUAGUAUCUGGAAGUCAGCCCAUCCGGUCCUGGAGAUUUGCCCAAUUGCAUAUUUUGUAUGGCACCUUCUACUUCCUGUUCAGAUAUUUUAUAGUUCAGCAUUAAUUUACUUUCUUGAGAGAUUUUUGUAGGCCAUUUGUCUUCAAAAAUUGGUCUAUGUCCAUUUCCUUCUGUGGCCCUUGUGUGUAUAAUUGUUUAAAGUACCUCUGGAAGCAAUUUCUGAUCUCAUUUGGAUUAUGUAUACUCUUUCCUUCCACUUCUAGAUUUAUAAUAGUAUUUAAUUUUUGUCUUUUUUUCAUUUGCCAGGCCAACAGUUUUCCACAUUUAUUAGCUAAUUCAAAUGUUUUUUGUCUCAUUUGUUUGAUUUUCCAUUCUAUUUCCUGAUUCAUCAUUUCCAUAUAUUGUACUUGAUAUAAUUUUAUUUCUCUCAAAAUCUCCUGGGACUUUGGUUUUGCUCUCAAUUUCUUCUCACCUUCUUUUAUUUUUUCCAAAAUUUUAUCUUUCUUUUCAUUUUGACUUCUCUUCUUUAUUGCAUUCUGUUGUAUCACAAAACCCUCUCAUCACAGCUUUGCUUGCGUCCCAGAUUACUCUUUUUUCUACAUUGGUAUUCAUAUUUAUUUCAGAAUAAUCUCUCAAAGUCUUUUGGGCCUUUUUGUAAACUUCUUCAUCUCUAAAUAAGGUGUCAUUCAUCCUCCAUCUAAAGGAUCCGGUUGUUGUUUGUUUCAUCUCCAUCCUUACCGCAUUGUGGUCGGAACAAGUUUUUGGGCAGAUUUCUACCUUCUUUAUCUUUGGUGCCAUUCCUCUAGUUAUCCAUAUUUGGUCAAUUCUAGUCCAUGUCAUCUUGGCUUCAGAAAAAAAAAGUUCCUUCUCUUCCCAGGGGGUUCUUUACCCUCCAGAUGUCCACUAAGUCCAUAUUGUCUGUCAUCUCAAAAAAUGUUUUCGGUAGUCUACCAUCCUUGGUGACUACCUGUCUUUGUGCCUUGUCCAUAUUUGUAGAUAUUACUCCAUUCAUGUCCCCCAUCAAAAUCAAAUUGUAGUCCAAAUGAUCCAGUAGAGUCUCAUGCAACUUUUUAUAAAAUUCAGAUUUCCCCUCGUUCGGUGCAUAAAUUUCCACAGUUAAGAAUUUCUCUCCUUGUAGUUGAAUUUCAAUUGCCAAAAAUCUUCCUUGGUCAUCUUUAAAAAUAAGUUUCGGUAAGAGUCUCUCCUUUGCAUAAAUCACAACUCCUCUUUUUUUGACUUUGUCAGAUGAAACAAACUCCUGUCCUAAUCUUUUAUUAAUCAAUAACUUCCUAUGUGCCCUUGUUAUAUGUGUCUCUUGUAGACAAAUCAAGUCCAAUUGUUCUUUUUCUUUUUCGAGGAGAAUUCAAACCGUUACAAUUCCAGCUUAAUAGUUGCAGAGCCAUGAUGGGGGCUACUUCACUUUACCUCCAACUGCCCCAAGUGCCGCUUCUUGUUCUGUGGGUAGUAUCACUUUUUCUGGACCGUGCAGUCCAAAAGAUAAAUUUGAUAUGUCUAGUAUGCCUUUUGGUUCUUCUUCAGAUUCCCCUUCUUUCAAUAGAUCUUCCUCGUGAUCUUUCAAGAAUCUGUCUUUUUCCUCAGUUGAUUUUAUUUUUAUCUUUCUCCCUUUAUAUUUGAAGGACAGGCCUUGCGGAAAUUCCCACCUGAAAAGAAUUCUGUUUCUUUUCAAUAAGGUCACUAGGUCUCCGUAAUUGGACCUUAAGUCCAGCAAAUGCUUUGGGAUGUCCUUAAAAAUCACUAAUCUUGAGUCAUCAAUUUCCAAAGUUUUUUGAUAGUGCAAAUUCAGAAUUUUAUCUCUCUCUUCUUUUGUUCGAAAGGUAAUCAAACAGUCUCUCACCUUGCCCUUGCCUUGUCUUCUUCCGAGCCUAAAUGCAUUCACUAUCUUAAAUUCUUCCUUCCCGGGUCCAAUUGCCCAAAAUCUGUAAAUUCCUGUGUAAGAAAGUCAGCCAAAUUAUCUUUCUCCCGCUCUGGAACAGCCCUAAUUCUCAGAUUUCUCUGUCUAUCUUUUAAUUCGAUCAUAGAAAAUGUCACAUCAUGGUCCUCCAAUUUCUUGUAUACAGGUGGAAUUUUCUCUUGAGUAGCAAUUGCAAUAUCUUUUGCUUCCUGUGCAGUUUGUCGAAUCAAGGCAGAUUCCUGUAGUAAUUUUUCGAUAGUCUCUGUGUUGGCAUUCACCUUCUGUCCCAAGGUAUUAAUACUUGCAGUAUUUAAAUCAAUUUUAUUUGAUGCUUGCACAACUUGUCUAUUUGUCUCAACUACUUGUCUAUUUGUUUCAGCUACUUGUCUAUUUGUCUCAGUUACCUGUUUACUUAGGCUUUCCAAAGAUUCAUUAAUUUUUGCCAGUGCCUGUGCCAAAACUUCUUCUGACGUCAUAACUUUUGAUUUAGACUGUGGGAGUGGGGCCCUGAUGCUCCAGAUGCUCCAGAUGUUGAGCCCCUUCGCGGCAACGCAGUGUCUAUCCGAUAAUGUCUGCCAGACCUAGUAGUUUUUCCUGCGGUUCCGACUUCUUAUCAUCUGCCAUAACAGUCUCAUAGACAUUCAAGGUCACUCCCACAGUCAGCCAAUUGUUUUGACAUAGAGUGGAAUUUUCCUCUUUGUAACUGUUGUUGUAACAAUGUCCAACCUCCUCUAGGGGGACACAGUAACAGCCAGAACUUGUAACUUUUUAGAAACAAAAAUAGUCUUUAUAAAUCCCCCAAUUUACUUUCAAAGUCCACAGUCUCAAUACACUUAAACAGUUACUUUCAAGCCAAAAGAGGUUCAGAAACACUGUAUCACUUUUGCAGAGUUGGCUGUCAGAAAUAAGCUUUCACUAUGGACCUCUAUCUUAAGGCAGUCCGUUCCGAAUCUUAAAUUGUAAAUUCUUCCUUCCUCUCCCCUUCUUUACUGCAGGGAAAUUCAGCUCAGUCUUUUCCCCCCUCCUCUCCUGCAAUCCGGAGGGGGAACCACUUUCAAGAUGUUGGAAUUUAGCACAUUUAAGUGACUUUCCGAGUUUCCGCUUUGAAGUCUCUUUGCUUUGAUCUAUUUACAAUUCAGGGAAGAUAGACUUCCUGGUUGUACCUUCCCCGCUCCGUGCCAAAUUAACUUUUUUUUCCCUUUAAAUCCAAUUUACUCCUACUCACGGGUAGUUGUUUUCAGUGCCAAUUAUCCCAGGAAAAAAGGCAGCGCUCUCUGGUAACAGCUUCGCGGCUUCGCUCCACGGAAGAAGCAAUUUGCUCACAGCACCACGCCACCCCCGCUCCGCUCCGGAGCCCGUUGCCGAGCUCCUUUAGCAAUUGGGGGGGCGCAAACGGUGCCCGCUGAGUCCCACGGUCACAGGCUUCACCCGCCUGUGAUUUAUUUGGGGGUCCCCGCUGCGCCGUAGCGACAGGACCCAAAUUCCGUAAAGCCAGUUCUCUCCAAAUUAGAGAGAAGCAGCCAUUACCGUUGGCGCCACCUCCGGAAGUUGAACCAUUUCUUUCCUGAAUUCCAAAAGUUGCUGUGCAAGAAGAUCUGUUUGCUCUCUCCCCCCUUUAUCUCCUGUUUCUCCUCACACACUAGCCCUUCUAGCGGCCGCCGCAGCUGCAGCUGCCACUUUCCUGGUUGUUGUUCCCUCCUUACCCAACAUGUCUUAUCAGUUGGUUCCCAGUGUUUUUUGAGUUGUUCAAGGUCACACCUGCAAGUUCCGGCUCUAUCCAGCCAUGAGGUUGUUUCCCCCCUCCCAGACUCUUUCCAGUUUCCCUUUCCCUUUUGUCUGCCUUCUCCCUCCCCACAACAGCAAAUCAUACAGUCAUAUAACAAAAAAGGCAGAGAGAAAUGAAAACAUCCAAUAAAUCAGGAGAUAUAAAAUGUACAAUUAAAAGGGCAAAAAAAUAAGAAGAAAAAAUAAGAAAGUAAUUUAAAAGUCCAUAAAGCAAAAAGAUGUUAGGCCAGUUCAGUUUCAGAUUUAUGUCUUUAAAAACAAGGUUAUUCUUUAAUUUGUACUUAUCUACUUGUAAUUGUCUCAAACAGUGGUGACUUGCAAUAGUUCCAGAAUUUAUAUCUCCAUUUUAUUUCUUAUAUGUAAUCCCAUGGCAUUUUGUCUUGUUUAAUUCACAAACGUGCUGGAGUUUCAAUCGACAGAUCUUUCUUGGCAAGCUCUUUCAAUCUCUUGGAGUAUUGAAGUUACUUUGGAAGCUGUUCCAGGCUCUUUCCACUUUCUGUGGUUACCCCACAGAAGUGCUGAGAGUCCCCUGCUAGCUCCCUUUCUUUCCCCUUUUCCUCUUCUGCUCCACCAAUUUUUAAAAUACUGUUCAAAUUCCUCCAGCUGUCAGUGGGUUUUUAACUUUAUAAUCCAGUAGGUUACUUGAUAGUUAAUAUAUAUAUUCAUUAGAGUUAAAUGUUUCAACUCUCCGUUGCUGUAGGCAGUCUCUGUGUCCCAUUCACACAAAAAUUCCCUUUGCAGAGCUCAUCUGCAGAAAUCGGAAGCUGACUUCCUGUUUUGCUUUCGUUUCGCCAAAUAAACUUUUUAGCCUCUAAUUUUUAAUUUUUAAUGUUUUAUUUCAAAUUUACCUCUAAUUGGAAGAUCUGCUGCUUCUGGUGACAAAUCAUAGCUUCGGCAGCAGGCUGUGUUGGAGUUGAGAGCGAACUCAAGCCCCUUCCCUCCCACGCGCACAGCGGCAGCUGGGAGAUGUUCAGGGGGCGAGUUUUUCCACUCUGCUGGAGCCCUCGGGUCCCCACUCUUCUGUGGGGGGGGUUGGGGUGCGCUGAGCUCUAGCGCCACCCUCCACGCCUUUCUGUCCGCUCCAUGUUGUGGACGACACUUAGCACAUUGCCAUUGUCCUCCGCAGUAGACCAGAAGUCCGCUACCAAGAAAGUAUUCAUACUGACUACAGUGGUACCUCUGGUUACGUACUUAAUUUGUGCUGGAGGUCCGUUCUUAACCUGAAACUGUUCUUAACCUGAAGUAUCACUUUAGCUAAUGGGGCCUCCCGCUGCUGCUGCUGCCGCGCCACCGUCGUGCAAUUUCUGUUCUCAUCCUGAAGAAAAGUUCUUAACCCGAGAUACUAUUUCUGGGUUAGCGGAGUCUGUAACCUGAAGCAUAUGUAACCUGAAGCUUAUGUAACCCGAGGUACCACUGUACUUCUCUCAUGAGCUGCAGCCUUUGCAUUUUGUUGUAUGUGCCACUGAAAACCUCAUAAUGGAAAUCCAAGCUGAUAUUUAAUAUAUUGAGCCAGCAUUCAGUGCACUGCUUGCACUUUUCAGGAGCCUACUAUUCCCUUGCCCCAUUACAGUAGCUUAGAGGAUGUAGGCCUUCUAUCUUCACACGGAUGGGCACUUAACUAGCUGCUGCUAUAGAAAAGUCACCUGCCUCUCAGAAUCUUGAAGAAAUGGUUUUGUUUUGCCAUGCAGGCAGCUGGAGAGAAACAGGAUAGAAAGGUCAAGGCAUUCUUAAACAACUUUGACUCAUGAUUAGAGCAUAACUUGUAAAGCAAAUGGCCCCCUCCACUGCAGCAGACAGGACUUUGUUGGGAGCUUUGCAUACCAACGUUAACACUUUUUAUAGUAAGUUAACCUCCGAUUCCUUUUAGGUUAGGAUUUUAAGCAAGAAGAUUGAUUUUAGCGAUAUUCAAUCCAGAUGUGGUUCCAAGGAUAACAUCACACAUUCAGCAGGGGGAGGAAAUGUAAGUAAAGAUGGCGCCUGGCAAGGUACCCUGGGCCACUUUGGUGACCCUCCUCUGCACAGCCUAGUCCUUUGUGUCUUCCUACCAAGCACUCUUUCCCUUCUUGCUAAUGUUUCACAGACACCUUGGUCUAGUGAUGUGUUCAGCAUUGUGUGUUGAGUGGUGGGUAUCUCCAUCCUUCCUCACAGACCACAGCAAAUUUCCCAGUCUCAGUCAAAGCACUCUGCUCCACAAGACACUGACUCAGCCAACUGAAAUCCACAACUAUUCAAGGCCUUAUAAAAAAAAGAAAUCCCAGUCCUUACAGGGCUAAAAAUGUGAGAAAAUAUUAAGGAUACAAACAUAAGAGUUGCACUUGCUUAGCAAUCUGGAGGUAAGGCUAGCAAUAUGUCCUUAACACAUGGUAGUGUUUCCUGACCAGGUGGCAGCCAGGUGGCUUAGCAAGAAUAGGGGAAUAUAGCUGUUGUAGACCCACCAUUGUGUGACUUAAUUUCGCACUGAAGGCCUUGUAGAAUCAGAGCCAACUCGUGAGCCAUAUAAUUUCCAGAUAUGCUUGACCCAUUUGCACCAUCUCAUUUCAUGGUGGGUCCAAAAGGGUGAAUGAACCUUAAGUCUGUCACAUAUCUAAGGCAAUAUCUGUAGUAGCACCCCCAAAUGCCAGGAGCAUUGUAAGGAAACAUGCCAGUUUAUGCUUCAGACACAUCUGUAGUUUUUCUCUUAGAGGAUAACAUAACCUUUUUAAACAAGGUUAGCGAGACCAAAUCGGGCCUUAGAAAGGUGGAAGUGUCCUUAUGUAGCUACAGGAGCACUGAAAAAUAUUCCAAUCAGAAAUUCAGUUAAGCCACAGAAGGCAAUCCUGGAACUCUGUGCAAAAAGGAAAUAGAAAUAUGUUAUACAGUUCUCAGCACACAGCACUGAAACUAACUUUCUUUCACAUGAAAAAACUUAGGAAAGAACUUCACUCACCUUCCUGAUUUACAGUCUUCACUUUACUAAUGAAAAACCUUUAAUAUGGUUCUGCUAGGUUCAGAUGGGAAGCUUGCUGUAUUAAUCUGGGUGUUUCCCUCCUUUGUGGCAUGAUUGUAUACUACUAAUCAUCUAUUUUCUUACAGUAUCUUUCAAAGUCAAGGCACAUUCAUUUCCAGGUUUUAUUUUCUCAUUCCCAAGAUAUAUUUUUGUAUAUUUUUAACAGGUGCAGAUCGUAACCAAGAAGAUAGACUUAAGUCAUGUGACUUCAAAAUGUGGCUCACUAAAGAAUAUCCGUCACAGGCCAGGUAAGAUGGAAAUUCUCGGGGGGGGGGGGAGAGAAUUUUGCAAAACACGGAUUUUCCAGGGUACCUGAUGUCCAUAAUAAGUACUCAGGCACUGUAGGAAAAUUACAUUUCCUGGGGUCCCUGUCAUCUGGGGUGUUGUCAUUGCCACAUUUGAGAGUGAAGGAAGCCUCCAGAAAAACACCUCCACUGCCACUGCCAGAUAAAUGUGAAACGAAGAUGGCUGUCCCUCCCUUAUAGCACGUCUGCUGUGGGUUUGCAUAUUUCCCAUGGUAUUUUCUUUUGCUAAUCUCAUGUACCACUUACUAGGUUAUAGAGGCCAUCCAUUUAAUAUGCAUAUUAUUGUGUUAAUAUGGUUUUGGAGCUACUCCCAUUCCUGAUCCUGGGUAAGCAGUGGAAAGGAAAAUGGAGCAGGGAGAGUAAGGGAAGGCAAAAAACUCAUGCCACUUUCUUCCCUAGUCACAGUUCAUGCACCCUCAGGUCUUCUUCCCCAAACCCAGAAGGAUUCUUCUGUUGAAGUGUUUUAUAUAGGCACUCUCUUAACACUCUCCGUCCAUUAUGCAAUGAUUAACCUUGGUUUCUGUUGUGGUCUGCUUCCAUGUAAAGUUUUGGUUUCUUUUCCAAACCCCUGACACUAAAAGUUCACAGAGGAGCAUUAGCUUAUUCCAGUUUUGACAUUAGGCACUUGCAUACAUGACUAUCUCUCUCUAAUUGAAAGCCAUUUACAAAUGAUUUCUCAUUCUGAAGUACACAGUGCCAGCUGCCCACACAAUGAAUGGCCUGAUCUGCACAUCAUGGAAAGCCAAACUAUGCUUACCAGGACUGCACAAAUGAGCUGGCUCCUGGAGGGGAGAUUGUACCCGCUGUGCUUCUCUCCAAGCCUUUCCACUGAGCACAGCAUAGCAGCAGCAUAGCAGUUUGGCUCAGCGUGUCAUCCUAACCCCAUGAUCAUUGUUAAGGAGGAAAGUAUGUGUGUUGAAAAGUGCUUCAGUCACAGUUGGAGAGUCUGCUGUAUUUUCCGACUUAAUUUUCCUCCCAUAACAUCUAGGUGGAGGGCGAGUGAAAAUUGAGAGCGUGAAACUGGAUUUUAAAGAAAAGGCCCAUGCCAAGGUUGGCUCGCUUGACAACGCUCACCAUGUACCUGGAGGAGGCAAUAUCAAGGUAAGGCGCUGCCACUUCUACUUACUGAAACAUUCAUUCUGUGCAUCAUCCAGUUGUUUGUGAAUACCCUGGAUAUCCAGACUAAGUGGUUCCACUGAAAUCAGCAGGACAAGUUAGUUGUGAUCCAAACCUUUAUCACCAGCCUGUUUAUUCUUUAUUACAUAGGCACUGCACAAUUUGUCUUUUGAGCCCAGGAAUUUCUCAAACUGGGAAGGUUAGCUCUAACGGCAGCAAGCAGGCCCAGGGGCUGAGGUGGGGCUUCUCUUAGGGAAGGCAGAAAUACCUGUGAGGACUGGGGAUUCAUCCGGUGUUGUGGUCAGCCAUGUCAUAUAUACACUAGAGUAUGAUAGCCUGAGGUGGGACAGCAGGUAUCAGCUCCACCACUCACUUCACAUCCUCAACCACAUCAUAGCUGAGUAGAGUUGCAGGAGUAGAGGUGUACAAUCCCCAUGAAUCUUGAAUCCAUGGAAUAAAACUGUUGAGGGUCCCCCCCCAAAAAAAACUUUUGUGUGUGGAAAAACCAGGCAUUCAUGGGAAAUUUGAAUAUAUGCCAUUCUACUUACUUUAUCAAAGGUCAAAUUGCUUUGCUGCUUUAAUAUGAAAUGUAUUAUAUAAAACUUAGUGCAUACAAUUAUACUGGGGUAUAUUCAUAAAUGUAUAUAUAUGACUUGGGGUUCAACCCAACCAAACAAUUCUGUAAUUUUAUGUUGUGAACAACCCUGUGAUCUUCAGAUGAAGAGAGGUAUACAAAUUUAAUAAAUAAUAAUUAUAACAACAACGAUUAUGGAUAUAUCCAGUAUUAUAGAUGAAGCUGCAAACUGUUGUACCUUAACGUACCUAGUUAUGUCUUGGAUUUUGCCAGCUGGGAAAUAAAGAGAGGUGAGAAACAGAAAGCUGUAAUUCCUAUAGUUAAUGUUUGGCAACAAGGAUUUUUGGGGGGUGAAUCAUAGAAUCAUAGAAUCAUAGAGUUGGAAGAGACCACAAGGGCCAUCGAGUCCAACCCCCUGCCAAGCAGGAAACACCAUCAGAGCACUCCUGACAUAUGGUUGUCAAGCCUCUGCUUAAAGACCUCCAAAGAAGGAGACUCCACCACACUCCUUGGCAGCAAAUUCCACUGUCGAACAGCUCUUACUGUCAGGAAGUUCUUCCUAAUGUUUAGGUGGAAUCUUCUUUCUUGUAGUUUGGAUCCAUUGCUCCAUGUCUGCUUCUCUGGAGCAGCAGAAAACAACCUUUCUCCCUCCUCUAUGUGACAUCCUUUUAUAUAUUUGAACAUGGCUAUCAUAUCACCCCUUAACCUCCUCUUCUCCAGGCUAAACAUGCCCAGCUCCCUUAGCCGUUCCUCAUAAGGCAUCGUUUCCAGGCCUUUGACCAUUUUGGUUGCCCUCCUCUGGACACGUUCCAGUUUGUCAGUGUCCUUCUUGAACUGUGGUGCCCAGAACUGGACACAGUACUCCAGGUGAGGUCUGACCAGAGCAGAAUACAGUGGCACUAUUACUUCCCUUGAUCUAGAUGCUAUACUCCUAUUGAUGCAGCCCAGAAUUGCAUUGGGUGGGGGUUAAAGGAAUUGUGUGUGCACAGCCUUCAGUUCUUUCCAAAGAAAACAUUUUAUCCUUAUUUAUUUUGUAUCUUUACAAACUUCUUUCUCUUUAAGUAGAGGAGUAAAGUUGCCUAGAAAAAAGGUAAAAGUAAAGUAUACUCAGAAUGGCAUUAAGUAUGAAGGGAGGUAACAUUAUUUUAAUAAGAUCAGUGAAAUUUCUUACAGGGGUUUGCCCAUCUACAAAUUCCCAAUGAAGUCCAGCUGAAGAGGAGCUGCUCAGGCAAACGUCUAUGAAAUUAGAGUCAUGGAAUUGUAGAGUUGGAAGGGACCCCGAGGGUCAUUUAAUCCAACCCCCUGCAAAUCAGGAAUCUCAGCUAAAGCAUACAGGACAGAUAGCCUUCCUAACACCUCUCCUGGGAGUCUGUUCCACUGUUGAGAAGGUCUUAUGAUGUUUAGUCAGAAUCUCCUUUCUUAUAACUUGAAUUCAUUGAUUUGGGUCCUACCCUCCAGAGCAGGAGAAAACAGGCUUGCUCCAUCUUCCAUGUAACAGCCUUUUAGAUAUUUGAAGGUGGCUACCAUAUCUUCUCUCAGCAUCCUCUUAUCCAAACUAAACAUAUUCAACUCCCUCAACCAUUCCUCCUAAGGCUUGAUUUCCAGACACUAUCAUUUGCACAUGUUCCAGAUUGUCAAUAUCCUCCUUAAAUUGUGGUGCCCAGAACUUGACACAGUACUCCAGGUAUGGUCCAACCAGGGCAGAAUAGAGCAGUACUAUGAGUUCACUUGAUCUGGACACUAGACUUCUGUUGGUGCAACCUAGAGUAGGAUAAGUACCAGUAUUUUUUUGCUGCUGCAUCACUCUGCUGACUCACGUUGUACUUGUGGUCUUCUAAGACUCCUAGAUCCUUUUCACAUGGCAAGCCACAUGUCCUCCAUGGAAGUUAAUAUUAUUUUGAUAAGAUUAAUGCAAUAUAUUAUGGGGGGAAAUUGACUUGGGGGAAAAUUGAAGUGAAUUUGAGGGGCUCUGCUGAAGUAAAAAAUCCAUAGCCCUUUCAUGGUAAAUUAAAAUAAUAUUUAUUAAAUUGACACUCUUUCUUUGGGGAGCUUCACAUGUCUGCAGUUGCUGUGUUUUCUUUAGUGAGCCUGCUUUCUUUGUACAGAUUGACAGCCAGAAGCUAAAUUUCCGAGAGCAUGCUAAGGCCCGGGUAGACCAUGGAGCUGAGAUCAUCACGCAGUCACCAGGCAGAUCCAGCGUGGCUUCCCCACGGAGGCUCAGCAACGUCUCAUCCUCUGGAAGCAUCAACCUGCUUGAAUCUCCUCAGCUUGCUACUCUCGCUGAAGAUGUCACUGCAGCCCUAGCUAAACAGGGCUUAUGAAUUUGCUUCAUUUAGCAGUGUUUGAAGUAAUAAUAUUUAGGCAUGAGCUCUUGCCAGGAAUGGGCUCUGAGCAGGUGUUAACAUUCAUUCUUUACCAUGUCUAAAAUUAAGUCACAUCCCAAGACUGUAGUAACCAUAAAAUAAAAACUGGGGGAAAGUUAUAUAUAGAUGCAGAAAUUGGCCUGAUUUCCAUUUACAGGAAGACACUGGCUUUUAUGUGGGUACAAUUUCAGUAUAUUACAUUGGACAAUAAUUGUCGCUCUGCCCUGUCUUGCAUGGAGUACUGUACUAUGAUACAAUGCAUUUUUACCUUUCAUGUGCCUGAAGGCCAUCCAUCUACCACUUUUUGAGGAGCCUUGUUAAAUACCUUGAGUUGCUCAUUUUACCAUUUUGUUGAUGGAUGGAAUUAAGGAACAUCUCCCAUUGUAAUUUACUAACAGGUUAAAUUAAACUGGAGAGUCUGAAUACCAGGCAGAAGGGCAAAUAAAGAUGUCAAAGCUUCAAAAGGGGGUGUGCAGGGUUGGGUUAUUUUAUAUAAAUGGGUAGAAGAAAGAGUCAAUUAAGUUAUUAACGUUGUUGAACUUGGAUAAUUAUGUCGGUGUAUAGCUGAUUCCAAUAAAUUAUUUAACUAAUAAUUAAAGAAAGUAGUGGGGGGGGAUCAUAUGAACUGUACUGGGGAAGUGGCAUUUUUCUUUUCUAAAAGCAGCUACAGAAAAUAAGCAAUGGAAUUGUGUCUGAUUAGAAUGUUGGUUAAGCAGCUAGGUUUGUGUCUGCACUACUGGUUUCACAUCCUUUCCAUCUGUUUGAUACAGUAUUAUUAUAGAUAUAUAUUUCUCUGUGGCCAUUUGUGAUACGCCC